GCUUGAUUCUUCCCUUUCCCAAAGAGGAAGUCUUAUUUCUUGCUGGGAGAGAGGCUGUGUUUGAGGGGGACAGUGUGAUACGGAGCAUGGGGCCGGGCUGCAGCAGGGGAGAGUGAAGCGGAGUAGCUGUGUGGGAAACACAUAUAGAAGUUGACUUUCUUAAACGUUGCUGGAGAAGAUGUAUUUGGAUUCCCUUUAAUGUCCUUUGACAAAAUGGGUUUUCUUUUCUAUGAUUCUUGGCAACUAAACUGCAUUUCUUGAAGGUGACACAUAUCUGAGAUUGCACCAUGUGGGCCCCCUUACCAUUAAUUUUAAGACUCCUUGACUCUUUGUAGAUCUGAUUUUAAACUGAUAAAUGUUUCCUUUUGAAAUUUCCUAUAAGGAACCAGUGUAUUCUUGCAUGAGGCCCUGUAAGCACAUCGCCUUUCCAAGUAAUGGCAUGGGACCUAGUGCCACCUCUCCCAGCCUCUCUGGGCUGCGUAUUACCUCACAUAUUAAACGAGAAGGCCGUCUGAAGCCGUUUUUCUGUGACUAGCAGGAGUAAUAAUUCCAUUUCCCUAUAUCAAAAGCCAGUGCUGCCUGGGCUGAGUUUCAUUAGUUAAUGUAAAAAAAAUUGGGAACUUUAUAUUUAAGCGUUGCUUCGUGUCACUUUGUAUUUUACCCAUUACUAAUUUGUCUUAAUAAUUCACCACCUGCUUGGAAUUUUAAGUUAGCCACUUAAUAUAUGCACCAUUAUUUUGGGAUUUUCAAUAGAGCCUGGCUUCGUUGCGUCUCUUGCUUGGCUGUUGUAUUUGCCGGCUCAUUACUUUCUUUCUUUGCUAGAGUGAAGAUCGAGAUUACAACACUGAGCUAGAGCAUUUUGAUUCUGAGGGUGGUUAUUCUGAAGAACAUGGUAUUAUUUUUUAAAUAUUCUCACCUAUUCCCCCUUCUAUGUUUGGUCAUAAUCUCUACAUUUCAAACAUUUGUCUCUUUUGCUACACAGGUAAUGAUUCUGAGGGGGUCUUGUUAGGUAUGUUUUGGAGGGCUUUUUAUCUGUAUUAAAUUUCCACUGGGCGCCUUUAAUUCCAUCCUGAUUUCUUAUGUAAAGUUUCAUUUGGGGUCCCAGGCGGCCGCUAUGACUCAGUCAGGGCUGCACAGAACGGCGUAUCCAUGUCAGCUAAUCAGCACUUGACCGUCUAUCAUGCUAGACAGAAGUCGGUUGCUGGGCACAAGGGCUGGCAGGAAUUCCUUUUCAUCUAUAAAAAGAAUGUCCGGGACUGCAUGAACUCUGAAGUAUUUGUUGGAAGGUUUAGGUUCUUAACACCGGAUUGAUUACCUAAUUUAUUUUUGACUUUGAAAAAUGAGUCUGUGGGCUCCAGAAGCAACCACCUUGUGAUAGAUGCUUAGAUCAUUUUUGCCUUUUUUAUUUUUUUACCCGUAUUACUUUAUAUAGCUUCAAAAUUUUUACCAAAGGCUUUGAGUUUGAUAAUUAUUUUUUAAAAAUAAAUCCAUCCCUAAGAAUAGACUUUAUAAGUAUCUUGCUCUGUUGACUUGUAUCUUAAAGAGAUUUAUUUAUAGCUCAGACCUUUACUGUCCUGUACAGUAAUUAGUAGUCAUUUGCAGCUACUGAGCACUUGAAAUGUGACCAGUCUGAAAUCAGAUGUGCUGUAAAUACACACAGUGGAUUUUAAAGACUUUAUUUGAAAAAAAAAAGUAAAAAUCUCAAUAGUUUUUUAAUAACGAUGACAUGUUGAAAUAAUAUUUGGGGUAUGUUGGGUUAAAUAAAUUACAUAACUAAAAUUAAUUUUACUUAUUUCAUUUUUACCUUUAAAAAAUAUGCCUACUAACAGAAAGAUAAACUUUGUGUGUUCUCGCUUAUUUAUGAGAGCUACAAAUGAAAACAAUUGAACUCAUGGAGAUAGGCAGUGGAAUGAUAGUUAGCAGAGGCUGGGAAGGGCAGUGGAGGUUUGGAGUGAGGGGGGAUGGUUAAUGGUACAAAAAAAAUAGUUAGAUGAAUAAAUAAGAUUUAGUAUUUGAUAGAACAGGGUGACUAUAGUCAAUAAUAAUUGUACGUUUUAAAAUAAAAGAGUGCAAUUGGAUUGUUUGUAACACAAAAGAUAAAUGAGUACCCAUUUAUCCUGAUGCCGUUGUUACACAUUGCAUGCCUGUAUCAGAAUAUCUCAUGCAGCUCAUAAAUAUAUAUACCUACUAUGCACCCACAAAAUUUAAAAAUAAAAAAAGUUUAAAUAUAAUUUUUAAAAAUAUGAUGUGCCUACCAGAUAAUUUUAAACUGUGUACGUAGCUUGCAUUCUCUCUUCCAGUUGGUCAUGGACUAGACUGGCUUUUUAGAAAGUAUUUCAGGAAUUAAUAAGAAUAUUCAUCACAGAGUGACCACAGGUUCUCCCCGAGACCUUUUUUUUUUUUCCUGCCUUUCAUUUGUUCAUGAUAGAAUUUUGCUCAGAGUUCUUCCAUAAAGGUCAUGUUUUAAUCUAUAGCCUGCUUUUAAAGUCUAGAAAUACAUUGCAGUGAUCAGAGCCAUGUGGACCACCAUUUUAGGAUAUACUGAAGUAGCUAAAUAUCUUGUUUCUCCCUUUUCUCUCUUCUGAAUAUCUUUUCUCCCUUUGGAGACUCAGGCAUCUACUCUACUCAUUGUGGCCUGUCAGCCUCAACCCACCACCAGAGAAGGUGAAGUACAGGGCUGACCUGGCCCUGGGAAAGCUUCAGAAGACACUGGAUUGGGGUUGAGAUUUGGGGGGGAACCUGAUGCAGGACCCCAAGGAAAGAGGUGGACUUGAGCAUGGUUGCUGAUGUGCAUCUUAAGAGUGAUUUGGUGGGGAUCCUUUCCUGGCUGCUUUUGUUCUGACCACGCAUUGAAAAUUGUCAUUUCUUAAGAUCCGGUAAUGUAGGUAUUUGAAAUUUUGCAGAUUUGGCAUUCAUUCAUUCGUUGGAAUACUACCAAUGUGUUGGUCAUGUGCUUUGCUGGGUGCUGAGGUACAAAGCCAAACAACGCAUGAUUGUGACAUGAAGAAGUAUAAUGGUGUUUUAUAUGCCAAGUAUAGGUUCUGAAUGCCGUGUUUUCAGGAGUUAGCAAACAUCUGUAAGUCAGGAAGAGAAAAUUUGAGGGAAUGGGUAUUGGGAUUCACUUGGGGUGGCUGGCAAAAUAUUAGAGAAAUAUUAGGGAAAGUUAGGAGAUUAUAGUCUUUUUUUUUUUUUGAGACGGAGUUUCGCUCUUGUUACCCAGGCUGGAGUGCAAUGGCGUGAUCUCGGCUCACCGCAACCUCCACCUCCUGGGAUCAGGCAAUUCUCCUGCCUCAGCCUCCCGAGUAGCUGGGAUUACAGGCACGCGCCACCAUGCCCAGCUGAUUUUUUGUAUUUUUAGUAGAGACGGGGUUUCACCAUGUUGACCAGGAUGGUCUCGAUCUGUUGACCUCGUGAUCCACCUGCCUUGGCCUCCCAAAGCGCUGGGAUUACAGGCUUGAGCCACUGCGCCUGGCCCAGGAGAUUAUAGUCUUAAACUUUCUGGAAGGCCAAAAGGUUUUAAUGGAACCUUUAAACUGGUUGGAGGCAACCAGUUCAUUGUGUUAGAACUUUAAGUCAUAAGGUAAAAGAUUAGGAUAAUAAAAGCUUUCCCAGUUAAGCCUAUUUACUCCACAUUCCUUUGUCUCUAACUGUUUACUCAUGUAAACUUUGUGCUGGAUGGUCCUUUCAGGGGGAGGUCAAAGAAGAAUUACCUGUUAACAGUGUUUAUUCUAGGCCCCAGAACCAAAAGCUUUUAUCAUCUGUAAAACCACUCUUUUAACUAUGUUAAUUAUCAAAAAGCAUGUUGACCUAGAACUUCUAUUAUUAAACCUAUACUGAAUAAAUGUGAGAAGGAACAGGGAGUCAUGAUGGGUUAGCUGCAAUCGCCCUCUGAAAGCAGCUGACGACCUCCCUAGUCCACUCAAAUUCACUAUACUCUAGUGUGUGAAAGUGUAUUUCAUUCAUCUGUCACUGAGUCAGGGUCUGCAAGACAGACAUCUGCAGGUAGUGAUCAAUGUCUCAGGUGGUGACCCCAACAUGAUCAAGGUCUCAGAUGGGAGGAGGGCUAGUGUAAUAAAUGCCUGCAAUUGUUUGAAAAGCUGCAUGUACAAAAGCAAGAGACAAACUACGAAUUGCUCCACAGGGCAGAACUAGGAAUAGUAGAAAUUUGUAGAGACAAAUUUUUGGCUCUUCCUAAGAAUUAUAGCCAUCUAAUAAUUAAAUAGGCUAUACUGAACAGUGAACAUGGAUGGAUGUUGUCUCAAGAUCUUCACGAGUCAUCCUCUAUUUCCACACUUCCCAGUAGAAGGAACAUCCUACCUGACAAUGCUCCUCUCUCUGUUUCAGACAAGUAAAGUUGCCCUUAAAUUCAUUUUAUGUUGAAGGGAAGUUGUUCCCUGUAAUAUCUAGCUGUUCAUCAUAGAUGUUCUUCUGAAAGGACUCAGAGUAAAAGUAAUUUAUUUUCCAUGAGACAUUCAAGUGGGUUUUAAAGGCCUACUGGUAGUUUCCCAGGCCAGUGGGUUGGGUGAGGAUUAAAUGUAUGCUAUAAGUAGAGAAUAUAGCAUGUGCCAUGCCAUGGCCAGUUGGGGAAUGAGGAGAUGCCCACUGUAGCUGGGCCUGCUGGGUUAGAGUUUUACAAGUUGUACAGUCAGAGAUGAAUUAGGAAGGAAGGGCUAAGGUCAUAUUUUACAGUGCUUUGUAUGCUUUGCUGAAGGAGUUGGACAGUCCCCUGAGAAAGGAAGUUGCUGCUGUGGUCUGAAUGUGUCUUCUCCAAUAUUUAUGUGUUGAAACUUCAUGACCAAUGUUAUAGUAUUAAGAAGUGGGUCUUUAAGAGAUGAUUAGGUCAUGUGGGCUCCUCCCUCAUGAAUGCUAUUGAGACCUUGUAAAAGAGGCUUCAUGACCAUACUAAGCCCCGCUUUCCUCUUCUACUAUGUGAGAAUGCAGCAACAAGGCUCCAUUUUAGAAGAAGAGAUUUGACUCUACCAGACACCAAUCCUACCCGAGCCUUGAUAUUAGACUUCCCAGCCUCCAGAACUGUGAAAAAUAAAUUUCUGUUCUUUACAGAUUACCCAGUGUUGGGUAUUUUGUUAUAGCAGCCCAAACAGACCAAGAUAGAAGCUAUUAGUGGCACUGGUUAGGGAAGUGAAAUGGUUGAAUUUAUUUGGACAAUUUGGAGUAGAGGAUGAAAUAGAGGGAUGAGAGACAGAUGAGGGAAACCAGUCAGGAGGCUAGUGCAGUAAUCACUAUGAAAACUCAAGAAGCAUCUUAUCCAUAGUGUAAUAAGGAAGUGGCUUGUUCUUGCUGAGUCCAUGUUGCUGUCUUCUGAUGGCUUUCCCCUCAAUACCCAAAGGAGUUUUUAUAGUCUGUUGGUCUCCAGUGGAAGAGAAAGUCAGACAGAUCCCAAUUCUCCAUCCUAUUGAUGCUUAUGUGCUUGGUUCCUAAGGAAUGAUAAGAAAAAUAACAUAGGAGAUUCUUAAUCUGAUUCUGCUCAGCCUUCUAAAAAAUAUAUUCAGAUAUCUCCCAUAUCACUGUCCCCUGACCCCACAUCCCGUUCCAGCUCCCUCCAGUUACUGGGUUACUGGCCCAAUUUAUUUUUUGUUUGUCUGUUUGUUUGUUUUCUUCAAGAGUUAUAGUGACUACCUUCACCUGCACUCCCUUGCUUUCUCUUCACUUUACCAGCUGGGCUUCUGACGUCAUCAUUCCACUAAAAUCACUCUUGUCAUGUCACCAGCCACCAAGAGCUUGUGAGAUACGAUAGGCUCUUCCUUGUACUUUUCUUACUCAAUUUCUCAGUAGCUUUUGGCACAGUUUGGCAAGAGUAUGUUUCUUCUCUUUUGAAACACUCUCUUCUGGCUUUUGGAGAACCAUACCUCCCUGUCUUUCCUUCAACUUUCUAGUAGUUUCUACCCAGUCUCCUUUGCUUCUACCUCUUCCUCUCAAUUCUGAUUUUUAUGCCCCCUGAAAAUUUGGUCUUCUACAUUUCUCUUCUGGAUGCGCUUUCCAGAUAAACUCAUCCAGUCUUACAGUGUUAACUACCACCUAAUUGAUGGUAACUCUCAGCUGUUAAUCUAUCACUUCGAACUCCUUAGUGGGCUCCACAGUUGUCUAUCCAACUGCCAGUGUGACUUUUCUAGUUGGCUGUUAACUACACAUCUCAAACGCAGCAUGGCUAAAAUAGAACCCUUGAUUCUGCUCCCCCUAAUCUAUUUCGUUCCCAGUCUUCUGUAGCUCUUAAGUGGUGAUGACUGUUGUUGCAGCCAAAAUCUAGGAGUCAUCUUCAAUUUCUCAUUUUCCAUUAUCCCUCAUCCAAAUUAUCCACCCAGUGCAAAUACACCACUUCAUUUGCUCCACUGCUGAGCCCAAGCCCAAAGCGUCAUUAUAUCUCAUCUGGACUAUUGCAGUGGCUCCUAACUGUUCCCUGCUUCUGUUCCUGAUUCUUCUCUCCACCAGACAUCCAGAGACAUCUUUUAAAACCCUUUCAAAUCAUGCCAUUCCUCUGCUCAAAACCUGUCUUGUGACUUCCCCAGUACUUAGACUAAAGUCCUGUAUCUUUGCUGGGGCCUACCAUGUGGACUUCAUCUGCCACACUCUUCCCAUUGCUCUCUGGACUCCAAGCCACCCUGGUGUUUAUAUUCCUCACACAUGACAACCUCAUUCUUCACAUGGGAUGUUUGCAUUCACUCUUGCCUCUGCCUGGAAGCCUGGCUGCUUCCUAAGAUCUCUAUGGACUCAGCUCAAGCCUCACUCUCUGGCCAUCCACUUAAAAGUAGCCCCACACUAAGCAGUAUCAUUUCAUCCAGUUUUAAUGCCUUCAUAUUACUCAUCAUUAUCUGAGGUCAUCUGUUCCAGAUAUUAUCAUUAUCCAAAUUAUCUUGUUCAGAAGCAUAUGCUUCCAUGUUCACCAUCUACCUCCCUGCCUAAGCUCCAAGAGAACAAAGCUCUUGCCUAUCUUCUUCACUUCUAGACCCCGGCAACUGGAACAGUGCCUGGCACAUAGUGCAUACUACGUGAAUGAAUGAAUGUUACCUUUUUGUAUUCUUUCUUGAGUAUGUACUCUUCCUUUCUAUUUUUUUGUAACCUGAUGUCACCUAGAAGUUCCUGUACUGGCAUUCUCCAGAGAAGUCUCAUGAUCUGCCAUUUGCAAGCUGGAGAUCCAGAUGAGCCAGUGGUAUAGUUCAAAGGCUUGAGAGCUAGAGAGCUGAAGGCAUAGAUUCCAGUUCAGUCUGAAUGCCUGAGAGCCAGGAGAACCACGGGAAGGGGAAGAUUAGUGUCCUAGCUCAAGCAGUUAGGUAGAGAGCAAAUUUAACCUUGCUCUGUCUUUUUCUUCUACUCCAGCCCUCAAGGUAUUGAAAUGUACACAUUAACGCUGGAGAGCACUGUUGCUUUACUCAGCCUGCCCAUGCGAAUCUCUUUUGGAAACACCUUCACAGACACAUCCCAGAAAUAAUGUGCAGAUAUUCAGAUGUCCGGACAUCCCAUGGCUUAGAUGAGUUGACACAUAAAAUUAAGCAUCGGCUGGGCGCAAUGAUCCCAUGCCUGUAAUCCCAGCACUUUGAGAGGCCUAGGAGGGCAGAUCAUGAGGUCAAGAGAUCGAGACCAUCCUGGCCAACAUGGUGAAACCCUGUCUCUACCAAAAAUACAAAAAUUAUCUGGGCGUGGUGGCGCACUCUUGUAGUCCCAGCUACUCGGGAGGCUGAGGCAGGAGAACUGCUUGAACCCAGGAGGCGGGUUCAAGUGCAGUGAGCUGAGAUCGCGCCACUGCACUCCAGCUUGGCGGCAGAGCAAGACUCCAUGUCGAAAUAAAAUAAAAUAAAAUAAAAUAAGCAUCACACCCCCUGUGCACCCAUAUUAAUUUAUUUCCUCAUUUUUCCUUUCCUCCUUCAUCAGGGCAGACUCCAGUUUCUCACCCAGGAUUUUGUUCUUAGAAGCCACCCCUCUCUCCCAAUCCCUCCUGAGUUUCUUUCUCUUAGAGUCUUUGUUCAUGGGGUAAUGGUCAUCAUCUCUGACCUCUUUGAAAUCCGGACCGUUCUCUUCUUUGGUUUUCAUGAAUGCAAAAUUUUCUUGGCAUUUAUUGGUGACAGUUGUGGAAGAGAUGUCAUGAAUGCUGAGCAGGCUUUACUGUUGAGAAAUGCCUCGUGUGGAGAUUAAGUCCUUUUAGCUGCAACUGGAGCCCACUUUCUUUGCAUCCAUCUUUUUACUCUGAAAUGCCUUUUCUGAUUAUACAAUGGUGUAUGUUAAAUGUAAACAAGAAAUUAGUACACAAGAAUUAGAGGUAAAAGUUUUUCCUGUAUUCCAUCUCCUAGAGGAAAACCAUUAAGAGACUGCUGUGUGUCUUUAUACAUUUUGCUGUCAUAUUUAUAGAAACAAAUGUUUCUGUAUGAAAUCAUUUUAUAUAUCCUUUUCUAUCUACCCUUAAAAAAAUAAUUUGGAGACAGAGUCUCGCUCUGCAAUGCAAUGGCACGAUCUGGGCUCCCUGCAACCUCUGUCCCCCAGGUUCAAGCAAUUCUCCUGCCUCAGCCUCCCAAGUAGCUGGGAUCACAGGUGUACACCACCAUGCCUGGGCUAUUUUUUGUAUUUUUAGUAGAGACAGGUUUUUGCCAUGUUGGCCAGGCUGGUCUCAAACUCCUGACCUUAGGUGAUCUGCCCACCUUGGCCUCCCAGUGUUGGGAUUACAGGCGUGAGCCACUGCUCCUGGCCAUACCAUUUCUUUUUUAAUCCAGCUCUCUGUCUCUCUCUCAUUUUUUCUCUAUCUGUAUGUCUAUGUGUAUAUUUAAACUUCUUUUUUAUGGUGAUAAAAGUGCAUCAUGUUUAGCAAUUGCAUAGUUGUUCCCUAUAUGAAGCGGGGGAAAGGAAGGGCACAAGAAACCAAUAAGAUUUUGGAGAAAGUCAGGACUCAAGAGUAUAGGAAUCAGGGGCCAAAGUGAAAUUGCUAUAUUUGAUAGCGGGCAGGGGAAGGACUAGUCUUUUAACAACGGAAGGUCUGAUGUUUAAGUUUCAGUUAGUUGCUACUAUGUUUUUGUUUUUUUGAAAUGGAGUCUCACUCUGUCACCCAGGCUAGAGUGCAGUGGCACACUGUAACCUCUGCUUCCCAGGUUCAAGGGGUCUUCUGGCCUCGGCCUCUCGAGUAGCUAGGAAGAGAGGGGCAUACUACCACAGUCAGUUAAUUUUUGUAUUUUUGGUAGAGAGGGUUUCACCAUGUUGGCCAGGCUGGUGUUGAACUUCUGACCCCAAGUGAUUCACCUGCCUUGGCCUCCCAAAGUACUGGGAUUACAGGCAUGAGGCACAGUGCCUGGCCCGCUGCUAUGUUUCAUAUGUGCAGCAGAGUGUCUGAGUGUCUCACACCUCCUCUAUGGCUUCCCUUUGCUCAUGUCCCCACAUAGCUAUUAUAGUUUACCACAUAAAACAAGUUGUGUGAGCACUAUUUGUGAAAAUCAAAGAAAGGGUCUAUGUGGUAUGUCUGUCCAUAGUAGAUGGAGAAGGAGGAGCCAUGGGAAGCAGCACAGGGAAGAGAGCCAGGAUUCACUGGGGCAGGGAACUGGACAAACUGCGGACUCCCAAGAACCCCUAGAGAGUUUGGGUUGGAUGCCGAGCUUCUCUUUCCCCAUGAGAAGGAAUUUUGAUCCAAUAUUUAAAAUCCUUUGAAUUACAGAACAACACUUGCUGCUAUCUGAACUAUAUACUUUUGUACCAUAAUUUAGCCAGUUCCUGUUCAUGAUCAUUUAGAGUUUUCCAAUUUUUCCCCUUUUCAUACUUUUCUCAGUAAUGAAAGUAUUGCAUCUACUUCCAAACAGAUACAGUGAGUAAUAGAUAUAGUGCUCCCCAUUCCCCACAAAAAAGACCAGGAUAUUUUGAAGAUAAUCCCCGGAGGAGUCAGCAUGGCUCAGAGCCCAUAGUUCCCCUGUGCUACUUCCAUGAUGUUAAAUUUCAAACCAGAGAUUACAUUUUAAUUAUAAUAGCAUGCUUUAGAGGGAUUCACAGCUUUAAAAAACAACUGGAGGCAAAUUGUACAUGCAAGUGAAUAAAUGUCUUAGCUAUGUGAUUUCCAUUCUCAAAGCUUGAUUCAUAACACUCGGAUUCCUAAAAUCUGUUCUUGCUUUCUUUUGUCCACCAUAUUAUGGGUUAUCUCAGACUGCUCAUGAUUAAUGAGGUGACUACCGCUGACUUUUCCAAUGAAGAAAAGAAAGAAAAAAAAGCAUUGUUUCAUAUUGGAAAGUUGUACAUAGCCUUUGUGCUUUAUGAAGAAAAUAAAAUUGUGCUAAAUACAGUUUUAGGUUUUUCCUUUUUUGGCCUUAUGUAUGGUUUAAACAGUGAACAAACAAAUGUGAUCAUGGUGUAUUUCAGCAUUUUCUUUCUUUUUUUUUUUUGUUUUUGAGAUGGAGUCUUGCUCUGUCACCCAAGUUGGAGUGCAGUGGUACAAUCUCAGCUCACUGCAACCUCCACCUUCCAGGUUCAAGCCAUUCUCCUGUCUUAGCCUCCUGAGUAGCUGGGAUUACAGUGCACCACCAUGCCUGGCUAAUUUUUCUAUUUUUAGUAGAGACAGGGUUUCACCAUGUUGGUCAGGCUGGUCUUGAACUCCUGACCUCAGGUGACCCACCUGCCUUGCCUUCCCAAAGUGCUGGGAUUACAGGCAUGAGCCACCAUGCCCAGCCUGGCAUUUCCUUUGUAAGCCUAGCCUUACAAUUUUCAAUCAAUCUCUAAAACCAGAUGUACAAGUGUACAGUUCACCUGUCAACUAUAAAUGAUGCUCUUAUGUGUAUUAUAUAUAACAUAUACUAAUUUUAAUUUCCUACUACAUUUCUAGUAUGUAUGACAUUAUGAAAAUGUUAAUUAGCAUAAUUCAACACAGUUGCUGAAGAUUGUUGGAUAACUUUCCUUUUAAGGUUUUAGAUGAUGUUCUCCUUAUAAUACCAACAACAUGGAGAAAAGUUGUGCAAGAAAAUGGUAUUCCUAUCUGGAGGCUUGGAGACUUAUGUCCCCACCUUAAAAAGAAAACAAACUGGAAAUGUACAGUUUGAAAAUGAAAGUUUCGAGAGAAGAAAUAACCUAAGAAUUUUAAAGUUAUAGAUUUUAUUUGAUUUUGAAACGAAGUCUCACUCUGUCCUCAGGCUGGAGUGCAGUGGUGUGAUCUCAGCUCACUGCAACCUCUGACUCCUAGGUUCAAGCAAUUCCCCUGCCUCGGCCUCCUGAGUACUUGUAAAGGCAUGUGCCACUAUGCCUAGCUAUUUUUUUUUUUUUGUAUUUUUAGUAUAGACAGGGUUUUUACUAUGUUGUCUAGGCUGUUCUCAACUCCUGACCUCAAGUGGUCUGCCUGCCUGGGCCUCCCAAGGUGCUGAGAUUACAGGUAAGCCACCGCACCAGGCUAAGGUUAUAGAUUUUUUUUUUUUUUGACUUGAUCAGUUUCUAAGCAGUUAACGACUGGGAAAAGCACAACUACUCCUAUUUAAGACUCAUAUGUGAUCACUGGUUUUAAAAAAAAGAAAUACAUAUUUCUCAAAAUAAGUAACGUAAAUGCAGAAUCUGCUGUAUCAUCUGUUUCAUAGUUGAGAUAUCUGAGCUUCCUCCUCUUUUGACACUAUGAGUGCUAAGUGAUCACAUUAAAUAAUCUGUGCUGAUAGUUAAAAGUUAAAUUACUUUCAUCAAAGGCAGAAUGUUCUUAUUUAGCUUCUCCACAGCUGGCAAGAAUUGGUUUAGUUCAGUAAACAUUAACUGUGUGUGGGCCAGCCAGUGUGCUGGGCUUAGUGGGUACAAAUCCCAACAAAGAACCCAUGUCCUUGAGGAACUCAAGGGGUGAGAGUUUGGUGGACAGUCAUAGACAGAUGCUUCAGUGUAAUCUGGUAAGAGGUAGUGAGGUAGAAUUCUGUGCAGGCCACUGGAUGAGCUCUCCUCCACCUGGGGUUCUGAGAAACCACCUUGAAGCCAACUCUUUAAGGAGGUAUAAGAACCAGGUAAAGAGACAAAACACAGAGCCAGUGUGAGCUGGGGAGUGCAGAAAAGAGGAGGGAGAAUGAAUGAGUAGGUUUCUGGCCUUUGUGGCUGCCUGAGAUGGAAAAUAGGAAGUAAAAGGACUGGGAGGGGAGGGGCCAAUGACUUCCACUGCAGAUUUCUGGGGUAUUGGAGCCGUUUGAGGGAUGUCCAAUGGGCUGAAGCUCAGAGGAGUGGGCAGGGAUGGAGCCAUGUCAGUGAAACAUACACAUGAGAGUCAAAACUAUGAGAGAGGUUGACAUCCCCAGAACAAGGAACACUGGGGAAUGUGAGUGUUUUAGGAAGUGGGUAGGGAAAGGGAGUCCAAAAAGAAACUUUCAGGUAGGAGGAGGCCGAUGGGACAGCAUUGUCCCAAGAACAUAGGGAGUUUUUAGAAUGGAGACAAAGGACAACAGUCUCAAGAGCAGUAACGCACUUUGUAAAGACAAUGGCUGGCCGGGCACAGUGGCUCACGCCUGUAAUCCCAGCACUUUGGGAGGCCGAGGCGGGUGAAUCACCUGAGGUCAGGAGUUCAAGACCAGCCUGAGCAACAUGUUGAAACCCUAUCUCUACUAAAAAUACAAAAAUUAGUCAGGUGUGGUGGCAGGCACCUUUAAUCCCAGCUACUGAGGAGGCUGAGGCAGGCGAAUUGCUUGAACCCCGGAAGCAAAGGUUGCGGUGAGCCGAGAUUGCAUCACUGCACUCCAGCCUGGGCGACAAGAGCAAAACUCUGUCUCCAAAAAAAAAAGAAAGAAAAACAAGAUAAUGGCUGACGAACAUCCCCUAGAUUUGGCAGUGUGGGUGGUCACUGAUGACCGUUAGGCAGUGGAGUAAUAGGGCCUACAUGCCACAUUUCAGAAAGGAGUGGAUGGUGUCAGGAACAUGGAGAGGCCACCUGUGACUUCUAACCCAACCCAGAAAAAGAACCCAUAAACAUAUAUAUGUUUUAUACAAAAUACAUAAUUAUAACUUUUAUUUUGCCUGUCCUGUUCCUGUAUUUUGGUGACUAAAGUGCCAUGAGUUACAAGUGGUGCAAUUGUAGCUCACGACAGCCUUGACCUUCCAGGCUCAGGUGAUAUUCCCACCUCAGCCUCCCAAGCAGUUAAGACUACAGGCGUGCACCACCACACCCAGCUAACUAAAAAAAAAAAAAUGUAGAGACAGCUUCUCGCUCUGUGGCCAAAGGCUGCAUAUAAGCUUCUGAAUUCCUGGCCUCAAGCUAUCCUCCCACCUUGGCCUCGUAAGUGCUGGAUUACAGGUGUGCUCCACCACACCCAGCCUCUUUCCCUGUUUUAACCUCUACCCUGAAGUAGAGUACCCUUCCACUGUUUGUUUUCCUCCUUUUGACCUCCCGUCUGUUGACGUUAAAAAUAACAACCACAACUAAUUUGCAUGGUUCUUUGUAAUUUAUAAAAUACUUUCACAUAUACCACUUUAUUUAAUAUGCUCACCCAUCUUUUCUUUUGGUGUCAUAACUAAUUUACAAUUGUUUAGGAUGGAGGCCCAGACAUACAGAUUCCUAGGUGCCUUGUAAUUCGAUCUCACCUAUUGAGGAAACUGAGGCUUGGGCAUAUGUCCUAUUUUAUCACUAUUUGGGGGGUUCUGGCUUUAGAAGCUAACCUCCUGAUUUUCACUGCACAACUCUGAUUACAAGGUGGAGACACUGGGGAGGCUCAGGCAACCCUGUUAGCACUCAGUACAGACGAAUUCUGGCCCGUAGCCAACCAAGAGCCUAUGUCUUUAAGCCAUCCUGACUCAUGUGCUGGUUACUGGUAUGCAAUAAACCAGACCACAGACCCUCCCCCUUAUUCUUACUUGUCUGAGACUCCCUCACUUUUUUCCCACUCCUGACCUCUGCUUACUCCCAGUUCUUUUUCUGUUUCUAUCUAGCUUCCUGCACUUUGAAUUUUAUCUCCUGCUAGAGAACAUUCCUCCUUUCUGCCCAGUCGGCAUCCAUUCUACUGAAUCUAUCAAUAGCACCUCUAUAUAGUCCACUGGAGAUGGCCCAUGGCUGAUUACCAUAUUGUGCUGCCCUGGCCUCCGUGAUUGGUUUGUGGGUGGGCUUGUGAUCCAAAUCAAGCAAAUCAGGGUCAAUCCUGGAAAAUGACUCUCUCACAGGGGACCCUAAGGUUACUGCCUGUGUGAAUAAAGCCAGUAAGGAGGCAGCAUAGCUAAUAGAUGGGGCAGCAAGGUUUUUUGUUUGUUUGUUUAUACUUUAAGUUCUAUACAUGUGCAGAUUGUGUAGUUUUGUUAUAUAGGUAUACACAUGGCAUGGUGGUUUGCUACACCCAUCAACCCAUCAUCUACAUUAGGUAUUUCUCCUAAUGCUAUUCCUCCCCUAACCCCCCACCCCCCAACAGGCCCUGGUGUGUGAUGUUCCCCUCCCUGUGUCCAUGUGUUCUCAUUGUUCAACUCCCACUUAUAAGUAAGAACAUGCAGUGUUUGGCUUUCUGUUCCUGUGUUAGUUUGCUGAGAAUGAUGGUUUCCAGCUUCAUCCAUGUCCCUGCAAAGGACAUGAACUCAUCCUUUUUUAUGGCUGCAUAGUAUUCCAUGGUGUAUAUGUGCCACAUUUUCUUUAUCCAGUCUAUCAUUGAUGGGCAUUUGGGUUGGUUCCAAGUCUUUGCUAUUGUGAAUAGUGCUGCAAUAAACAUACGUGUGCAUGUGUCUUUAUGGUAGAAUGAUUUCUAAUCCUUUGGUUAUAUACCCGGUAGUGGGAUUGCUGGGUCAAGCAAGGUUCUUUAAUAUCCUCUGCAUGCUCAGAUCCAACUUACUGGAGAUGGAGCUCUCCCUCAAGUUUUCAAGUAUACAAGCAGUGAAGUCCCCAUGUAUGUUUAAUCCCAUUGAGAUGAUUGGCAGUUGUAAACACAAGAGCCUUAACUAUUAUUCUUCCCAAAGCCCCCCCACCCCACCUUGUUUUUUUUUUUGAGACAGAGUCUCACUCUGUCACCCAGGCUGGAGUGCAAUGGUGUGAUCUUGGCUCACUGCAACCUCUGCGUCCCAGGUUCAAGUAAUUCUCCUGCCUCAGCCUCCUGAGUAGCUGGGACUACAGGUGCACACCACCAUGCCAAGCUAAUCUUUGUAUUUUUAUAGGGACGUGAUUUUGCCACAUUGGCCAAGAGGUAUUGAAUUCCUGAUGUCAGAUGAUCCACCCACCUAGGCCUCCCAAAGUGCUGGGAUUAUAGGUGUGAGCCAAUGCACCUGGCACCAUCUCCUCUUUUUAGCCUCAUUUUGCUCCUGUGUCUCUCUGGGACUUACUGGGAUGGAUCCUCGCAAUCUCUAGGAUUUGCUUCUGACCAGUCCUCUUACUCUCGGCUUCAUCAGUUACCCCACACCUUGCUGGUUCCUGCCCCAGCUCCUGGGACUCAAGCCCUAAGUUCUAACUGGUGUCAUUACCAUACACCAGCCAUCUCCUCCCCCACCACCCCUGCCAUGUCCCUCCCAAACGCUCUCAGGGGAUUAUUUCUUUAUCUUUCUUUCUUUCUUUCUUUCUUUUUUUUUUUUUUGAGAUGGCAUCUCACCGUGUCACUCAGGCUGGAGUGUAGUGGCGCAAUCUCAGCUCACUGCAAACUCUGCCUCCUGGGUUCAAGUGAUUCUCCUGCCUCAGCCUCUUGAGUAGCUGGGACUACAGGUACAUGUCACCAUGCCCAGCUAAUUUUUAUAUUUUUAGUAGAGACGGGUUUCAUCAUGUUGGCCAGGAUGGUCAUGAUCUCCUAACCUAGUGAUCCACCUGCCUCGCCUUCUCAAAGUGCUGGAAUUACAGGCGUGAGCCACUGCGCCCAGCCUGAACUGAUUAUUACUAUUAUUGAUAAUGACAGAAGAAAUAUCUACCAUUAACCCAAUAUUUUUUGUUGCGGUAAAAUAUACAUAACAUGUAUCCGGCAUUUAAACCGUUUUUAGGUGUGCAGUUCAGUAGCAUGAGCAUAUUCACUGUGGUGUGCAGCCGUCACGCUAUUCAUUUCCAGAACUUUUUCAUUAUCCCACCAGAAACUCUGUACCCAUUAAAAAUAACUCCUCACUGCUCCCUGCCCCCAGACUCUGGUAACGUCUUUUAUUUCUGUCUCUAUGAAUUUGCCUAUUCUAGGCACCUUAUAUCCCUGGAAUCCUGUAUUUGUCCUUCUGUGUCUGGUGUGUUUCACUUAAAACGGUAUUUUCAGAGCUUGUGUAUGUUGUAGCAGCAUCAGAAUUGUAUUCCUUUUUAAGGUUGAGUAUUAUUCCCUCACAUGUAUAUGCCACAUUUUGUUUAUCCACGUAUCUGUCAAUGGACAUGUGGGUUGUUUACAGCCUUUGGCUACUGUGAAUAAUGCUGCUAUAUCGGUUUGAGUCCCCCCUUUCGAUUCCUUUGGGUAUAUACCAAGAGGUGGAAUUGCUGAGUCAACCAAGCAUGUGCUUUAUGCUCACUAUUUUAUUUGCUAUUCACAACACCUCUAUGUGAUAUUAUUAUUAAUGCUACUUUGAAGCUGAGGAUCUCUACUACAAUACAAAAAAAUUAGCUGCGCAUGGUGGUGUGCACCUGUAGUCCCAGCUACUCAGGAGGCUGAGGGAGGGGAAUCGCUUGAAGCCGGGAGAUGGAGAUUGCAGUGAGUGGAGAUGAUGCCACUAAACUCCAGCCUGGCGACACAGCGAGACUCCGUCUAAAUAAAUAAAUAAAUAAAAAUAAAACCGAGGAAACUGAGACUCAGAGAAAUUAACACACCAAGGACACAUCCUGUGCUGUUCUUGCUGCUGCUACUCAUAAAGUCAUCUCUCCAAGCCCUCAAGGAACACAGAGGGAGCAUACACUGUAUGCCAGGCCCUGGGCUCCAUGCCGAGGCACACCGUCACCUGUUCAUUCCUAGUGUAGCCUCCCGUGAAUUGAGAGAAAGUGCGAUCACCCUGUAGCAUGCUGCAUGGAUGGUGCAGGGCCAGGCCAGCCUGUCACACAUGGUGUCUUGUCUCUGCCAUUUACACUGCUGGGUUUUACUCUUGCCAAGCCAGUGACCAGUUUUACCAGCCUCUUUCAUUUCCUUACCUGAACCAACCCUGUCUGUAGGUGGAAGGAACAAAAAACAAGUAAAAAAAAAAAUUAUAUAUUGCUUCUGAUUAUAAAAAUGAUACCUAAUCAUUGUGGUCAAUUUGGAAAAAGAUAGCAACACACAGCAAAGAAAGAAGGAACCACCCUAUAAUCAUGCCAUUUGAGUAUUCUUUUAAAAAGUUUAAAAUAAAUUAAUAAAAUGUUAUCAUCAAUUAGAAAAGAUCUAAGUAAUUUGGUAUCAAUGUACUCAGUAAAACAAAAGCAAGAAAUUGUCCCUAAACAUUUCCCCAUCUACCUUUGACGGGUUUAAAUUAUUCAAUUCAGUUACUGGCGAUUUAUGUCUUUAUGUUUGAAGGACAUUUAUCCUACAGAACUUGACAGAUGGUUGCUGCGAUGGCUUUAUGAUUAUCCAUCAUCCAGAAGAAAAUGCUCCAUAAUCUGUGUGCAUUAACUUUAACUAUUUGGAAGGAACAUGGGUACUUUGGGAGAAAGCUACCACAUGUAGAAAGCAUAUAGUAAGACGUUUCUAGUAGAAAGCAUUAUUAUCUAAACUCGAAUGCCAGAGGCCGAGACUAUGUAAAUUACACUGGAUUCACACCAGGAAAAGGAUUCCCUCCCUUUGUGACUCCACAGGGUACCCUCUGCCUUCCGUCACUUUAGUUCAGAUUGCUGUGGCUGCUCAAUGCCUUAGCAUUGCUCUACAGGGCUGCUCAAGCCAUAUGGCACCUCUGUACACAUUACAAGGUGCUCCUUCCUUCCUCUGAAAGGAGGUUGCCUUGCUCCAGAGCUUGGUCAGCAGAGGCGCGGUGAGUUCUUUCUUCACCUGCGUCUUUGUCCAGGCACCCUUGUCCAGCAAACAAAAACUCUAUGUGAUUAGUGAUCCUGGCUCUGCCUUUUUGAGGCUUCACAUCCUCUGGGGGUGCAGAUGCUGUGGUUAUUCUAAAUAGAGGUGAUGCGGUCCCAAUUCUAGGUGAGCCCUGGUGAUGCAGUCCUCAAUUCAACACAUAUCUUUUUUUUUCCCCGAGACAGAGUUUUGCUCUUCUUGCCCAGGCUGGAGUGCAAUGGCAUGAUCUCAACUCCCUGCAACCUCCCCGCCUCCUGGGUUCAAGUGAUUCUCCUGACCAAGCCUCCCUAGUAGCUGGGAUUAUAGGCGUUCACCACUAAACCCACCUAAUUUUGUAUUUUUAGUGGAGACGGGGUCUCUUCAUGUUGUUCAGGCUGGUCUCGAACUCCCAACCUUAGGUGAUCCACCUGCCUCGGCCUCCCAAUGUGCUGGGAUUACAAGCUUGAGCCACCGCGCCCAGCCCUCAACACAUAUCUUUGAACUUUUACUGUCCAAACCUAGUCCCCAUGGAAAGGCUACUUGGACCUGGACAUCAGUCCUAUCUUCUCUUUGGCCACUGCCACCAACUCUGUUACUCAGGCUUGAACUUUAAACAAAGUCCUCUAGGUCUCAGCUGGAUUUAUUGGAGAUAGCUUUGUCUCCCAGCACUUUGGGAGGCCGAGGCAGGUGGAUUGCUUGAGGCCAGGAGUUCAAGACCACCCUGGCCAACAUGGUGAAACCCUAUCUCUACAAGAAAUACAAAAAUUACCUGGGCACGGUGGCACACACCUGUAAUCCCAGCUACUUGGGAGGCUGAGACAUGAGAAUCACUUGAACCCAGGAAGCACAGUUUGCAGUGAGUCAUAAUCAUGCCACUGCACUCCAGCCUGGACAACAGGGCAAGACUCUGUCUCAAAAAUGAAAAGAAAAAAAGAAAUGUUACUGAUAUAAGUAUUAGCAGCUAUCCAGAUUAACACAGACUGCUAAUAGAGGCAGGAAGAGAUCAGCUACAAAGCUAUGACCCCAUUUAAAACUCUUCCCAUUUCUAAUUGAUUCUUUUUCAUUGGAAGCUAAAGUUCACCCUCCUUCUACAAAAACAAUUUUACAAUUCCGUUUGUUUUUUAUGUUUUGGUUCUUAAACUUACUAGGACUACUAGGUUUCAAGUCUUUCUCUCUUUUAAGGUACUCCUGAAGAGUUUCUCUCUUAUGUCUAUUGCUAUUUAACUCAUAUUUUCUUUGGUCUGAGGAGCCAAGAUCCGUGAUUCCAGCUGUAGGCGGCUUGGGUUUUUGCUUUACCAUGGUGACGUUUUUAUAAAAGUCAAAACAGCAAUUACAUUGCCUUAGAAGUGGUGGUUGAAUUUUGCAUGUUAGAAACAGUUAUUGCGCCAUUAUGCAAAUGAAAUGUAAUUUUAUGGAAAUAUGUAAUGCAGAAUGAAGCUGAGUGGCUUAAGUACAAAUCCUUAUGCUUUUGUUUGGUUAAUGCACUUUCAAAAAUACUGUUAGGUUAGCUGGCACGGCAAGCAUCUGUAGUCCCAGCUACUCAGGAGGCUGUUGUGGAAGGAUCACUUGAGUCCAGGAGUUCGAGGCUGCAGUGGGCUAAAGUUGUGCCACUGCACUGCAUCCUGGGCAACACAGUGAGACCCUGUUUCUAACAAACACAAAUUUUAAAAGUUGUUAAGUUGAAAUUUAGGUCAUUGACCCUUCACAAUAACAGAAAUGAUUGACAAUGCAAAUGUGAUCCAAAGCAUGCACUCCAGAAUUACCUACUAGCUUACGGUCUUUGGGAAAAGCACUGACUCUCUCGGCCUUAGUUUCCCCAUCUGUAAAAUGGGGCUACUAAUAGUAUCACUAUCUUGGCUUUUUGCAAGGAUUAAAUGAGUUCAUGUGUGUGAAGUGAUUAGAAUAGGGCCUGGCAUAUAGUUGGAACUACUAGUUUAAAAGUGUUAGCUAUUACAUGAAAAAAAGUGUUAGUGUUACAUGAAAAAUGAUACGAUUAUCUUCUGGAAAUCAGAUAAAAUUUAGAUAUGCGUUUUAUAAUACGGUGUUAUUUCUUGAAUGCUUCAACCAACCUAGUUGUGAUAAAGUCCGACAGUGACAAAUAUGGAUGUUUAAAUGUUUUAAAACAGAGUAGUGCUGCUUUGUUUUGCACAUUUUUGAUAGUUGAAUUACCGUCGGUGUUUUCCCUCUCGGAUGGGAUAUGUUGAUACUAGAGUCAAGGUAAGCGUAGUAAACAGAACCUUAGUUUUCCUUUGACACCUGACUGGUGAGUCUGAUUCUGUUAUUCCCGUGGCAAGAUCCACUGCUCUGUUUUGCUUCGUGAACAGCUUGUUUGGAUUGUACUUUCUCUCCUACUCACCGCUGUAGGGCAGCCCACCCUUGCAGUGAGUUUACUUUUGAAAAUUUGGCCCUUGAUUUUGCAGCUUGUCUGUACAAUAAACAGCCAACCCAUGCCAAUUUUCUUCCAGGCUCUCUUUGGCAGAAGAAUGAUGACUGGCUGUUCCUCAAUAGGUGACCAGAAAUUUAGCUAAAAUAUAAGAAAUCCAGCGGUAAACUAUUUCAAUCUUUUUUAUUGCAGAAAUGGAUGCCAUUGUAACUUUGAAAAAUGCAUCAUGGCCACUUAAUUUCCCUUUUUACAUUACAUUUUAGACAAGUAAUUUUUUGAAAUCCAAGGUCAUAUGAACUACAGGCAGAAUUCCCAGCAGUGCUGUAGAUUCUCCCUGAAAGAAAGGUCUCUAGGCUUGGCUUAGGAACUGUGGGUGAGGAAACAAAGAAUUUCCUUUUGGACUACUAGUCUGAGCUGGCUGAUCAUUACCCCUCUUUGUUGGUGCUCUAAAUGUGUCAUGAUGAAACUGUAAGACAGUUCAAUGCAAAACUGUAUUCAGUAAUUUAUAUCUUCUUAAUCUCUUUUUGAUGCUUUUAUAGUGGCUAGUGGUAUCUGUGGUUAAGGGAUGCCAGACAGCUUUCUCUUUUUAAAUAUCUAGCCUAGCAUUUAUCUGUCUAUUCAUCUACCAGUCCAGCUCUUGAAUUGGAAAUGAUCAUAAGUGAUUUAUAAGUAUUCGUAAGAUAUGAUAAUGUACGAUGGAUUAAAGCCCAAGUGACAGAGGAAAGAAACACAGUAAGAUCCUAAUACUCAGUCAGAUGUGAAAGUUAAAAUACAAGAUCAUGUAGCAUUUUAACUUUCACCAGUGGUUUCAAUAUUGAGCAGCCACUGUACUCCCCAUGGGGUAUUUGUUAAAAAUGCAAGUUCCUUAACCUCACCCUGGGACCCCCGGCAACUACAUUGUUAACCCGUGCACCCAGGCGAUCCUGAUGCAGGUGGUUGUAGGACCACACUUUAGAAGACCUGAUCUAUUUCCUUGCUGCAGAUGGGUGAAUUUGGCUCCAGGUUUUCUGGCAGUCAACAUGAACAAGGAAGACUGACUUUUCCUAGUGUGCAGGAGAUAACAUCCUUGGCAUAUGGUAUCCGUGAAGAUUUAACUAUGCUUAUAUCAACUGCAACUGGAAUAGCUGAAUAGAAUUUUUGCUUGUAUAGGAAUUCAGAAAGGAAACGUCAUCCGUAGUCCUCCCUAACAUGAAAUAUGUCAACAAGUCCGUGGUAGCCAACUAAACAAUAUUAACUGAACUUUUCUUUUGGUAAAAGGAUGCAAAAUCCUCUUAGGGAGAAAGGGAAGACAAAAGGAAGGAAAGAUGGAAAAAUACAAAAAAAGCAGAGGAGUGAGAGAAUGAAAAAUAACUACGGCCACACUUUGAACAGUGGUUUGCUACUAUCAAAUACAUGCAUACCCCACCACCCAGCAGUUCAUGUUUAAGAAUUUGUGCACACUGACGCCAGAAGGCAUGGAAAGUCGAUAGCAUCAUGGUUUAUAAUAGCCCAAAACUGGAAACAACCCAAAUGUCUAUCAACAGUAGAAUGGAUAAAUUGUUAGAUACAAUGUAAUACUAAAAUGAACUACAGUUAUGUGUAAAAACAUGAGUGAAUUCUAAAAACAUAAUGCUGAUCAAAGGGAUUGAUCAGAAGGGAACAAAUACAUACUGUAUGAAUCCAUGUAUCUAAAUUUCAAAGUGGGGAAGAAGAGAACUGACAUAUUAUUUAGGACAGCCUGCUUUUUAAGUUUUUGAGACAGAGUCCUGCUCUGUUCACUCUGUCUCCCAGGCUGGAGUGUAGUGGUGUGAUCAUGGCCCACUGCAGCCUCAAACUCCUAGGCUCAAGUGAUCCUCCUGCCUUGAGCCAGCAUGUCUGGCCAACUUUUUUUUUUUUUUUAAGACAGGGUCUUGCCAUCCACCACUUACAGUACAAAGGGCCCUAAAGUAAAUUGGUUGAAGAAACUAGAUCCCAAAGAUUCUUGAUGAAUUUUGAGGUCUUUAUCAGUAUAUCCAUUUUAAAAGGAGAUGACAGAAGCCAAAAUAAAGGAAUUAUGGGCUGACAGGACGACUGGAUUAAAAUAAGCAUAAUAAGCAUCGGUUUCACCACUCCAGCUCUUCAGAGGAUCUAAAGUGACCUUGAUGGGCAGUGGAAGAAAUCACAACAUGGAAUUCCUUGAAUAAAAAUUUAUUGACUUAAAAAAAAAAAAAAGACAGGGUCUCACUGUAUUGCCCAGGCUGGAUUUGAGCUCCUGGGCUCAAGCGAUCCUCCCGCCUCAGCCUCCUGAGUAGCUGCAAUUACAGGUGUGUGCCACUGCACCUGGCUAAACAUUUCUAAUUUAGGAUAAACUAAUUAAGUUAUUAAACUUUUCCUUGAAAUUCUGUGUUCUGUGGUUACAGUUUUCUAGAAGGGCUGGUAACACUUUUAAGCAAAUUUGCCUUAGUCAUCUGAAGAUUUUAUUUUGCAUGAAAUAAAUACUAAGCAUAUAUUCACUUUUCUAAAGAAAUAGUUUCCAUAUAUUAAAAUAAUACAUAUUUAUUUAAAAUGAUAAAUAAUGAAAAGAUGAACAAUUAAUGGACAUUUUAAAAGAUUAAAACUUGGCCAGGAACAAUGGCUCACGCCUGUAAUCCCAACACUUUGGGAGGCCGAGGUGGCAGAUCACGAGGUCAGGAGUUCAAGACUAGCCUGGCCAACAUGGUGAAACCCUGACUCUACUAAAAAUACAAAAAUUAACCAGGCAUGGUGGCGUGUGCCUGUAAUCCCAGCUGCUCAGGAGGCUGAGGCAGGAGAGCUGCUUCAACUGGGACCCGGGAGGUAGAGUUUGCAGUGAGCCGAGAUUGAGUCACUGCACUCCAGCCUGGACUAUGAGUGAGAUUCUGUCUCAAAAUAAAUAAAUAAAUAAAUAAAUGUUAAAAAUAAGAUAAAAACUAAGUAUGACAAAGGUAGAGAAAAUAUUCCUGAAUUAUACUGUUAAUAAUGUUCUCUCCCAUUCAUAUGGAGAGAGAAUGGAUUAGGAGACUUCUUGAUACCGAGUUUAUGGAAAAAUAGAUGGUUGUUACUAUCUCUUGUGUGUCUCCUUUAUGCCAUUUACCACAAUAGGUACUUAUGUUUUGGGUUGUUGUUAUUGUUAUUUGAGAUGGAACUCAAAUAAAUUUUAUAAUUCAACAUAAAAAAAUACUCUGUCACCCAGGUUGGCGUGCAGAGGAGGGAUCUCUGCUCACUGCAACCUCUGCCUCACAGGUUCAAGUGAUUCUCCUGCCUCAGCCUCCCGAGGGAUUACAAGAGCACCACCACAUCUAGCUAAUUUUUGUAUUUUUAGUAGAGACAGCGUUUUGCUAUGUUGGCCAGGCUGGUCUUGAACUCCUGACCUCAAGCUGUCUGCCUGCCUUGGCCUCCCAAAGUGCUGGAAUCACAGGUGUGAGCCAACACGCUUGGCUAGUACUCAUGUAUUUUGUUUGCAACUAUCUCAAAAAAUUCCUGAGAAUGAAGAACUGUUUUCCCCACUAUUCCCUAACCUCUUCCCACUCCUCUUAUUCCUUUCUGUUCAAAUUCAUUCACACAAGAAGUUUUGCAAACUCAUCCUUCAUGUGAAGCAAUUUUUACUGUUUCUUGUGCCUCAAAUCUAAUUUGCUUUGUUCUGAUGCUAACAGCUGAGCGGAAUUGAGUAAUAAAUUUUAAAUUAAUGAAUUAGAGCUAAAAGCUUUCUAGUCUGUAUCUGUUUCCCUACCAGCUUCGGUUGGUAGGAUUUUGACAAACAAAUUUGGAAUCAUCUGAGAAAAUCUUGAACUCAUCUGUCAUUGUUUGUCCCCAGUAGGAGCUAAAGAUGGGAUUAGUGGGGUUUUGCCAUAAUAAACAGUCUGAAUCUUCAGUGAGAGCUAUGAAACCUAACUCCCAGUCAUUUCUAGAGGAUGUGUCCAGACUGUGCCCCUUUAUUGGCCUUUACAAAAAUAGCUUCCGUGCAUUCUCUAAAACUGAUUCUUUUCAUGAUGCAUUAUUUAUUCCACUUAACUUAGAGAGACUAUACAGUGUGAUUCAUUUUUGAGCUUCUCAUUUAUGCAGAAAACAAGAAUUACCACUAACAUUUUAUAAUUGCUGUCUUCUAAUGCAUUCAUUAGACUGGAGGUCAUAUGAAAUUUUUCAUUCCUCAUUGAUGCUUACAGAAAAUAAGGAAAAAGACACUUGAAAAUUUAAAGUGCACAUUCUAAUACCCCUAUGUGCAAGGAUUAUUUCACUUUAUAUAUAGUUAUUAUUUUAAGUGAGAUAUGAUUUGAUAUUUUAUUUCUUCUGUAUUGUGUCAUUUCAGAGCAGGAAUGGCCCUGGUGAGGUAUCAAGUCAAACUCCUUCAUUUUACAGAUAGGAGCCUUUGACUCAGAAGUUACAUGCUGGGUAGUGGCAAAGCUGGAACCAGAACCCAAUGCUCCUGGCUUCCUCUCCUCACAGAGCCAUUUGCAAAUGACUUCCACAUAAAACGUAACUUGAAAAGCAUUUUAGAGCUUCUGUGUGGCUCACACCUUUUAUCCUAGCACUUUGAGAGGCUGUAGUGGGAGAUCAUUUGAGGUCAGGAGUUCAAGACCAUCCUGGCCAACAUGGCGAAACGCUGUCUGUAAUAAAAAUACAAAAAUUAGCCAGGGGUGGCAGCAGAUGUCUGUAUUCCCAGCUACUCGAGAGGCUGAGGCAUGAGAAUUGCUUGAACCUGGGAGGCAGAGGUUGCAAUGAGCCAAGAUUGCACCACUACAUUCCAUCCGGGGUGCCAGAGCAAGACUCCAUCUCAAAAAAAACAAACAUAUAUUAGAAUGUUGAAUUAUAAUAGGUGUGAUACCAACUGGUUAAAACCAAAUGUAUUACCUAUUUUCUAACCUAAGAUUAUAAAAUGUUGACACUUUCAGUUUUAUACACAUAUGCAUAUAUAUCCCAAACACAGGUAUAUAUACCUAUACACACAUAUACACACACAUAUGUAUCUGCAUAUAUACACCUAUAUACACACACAAACAUAUAUACACCUUUACAACAUAUUUACCUAUUCAUAUACAUGUAUACAAAUACAUAUUUAAACGCACGUACACGUUUAUAUGUACACACACACCUGUAUAUAUAUAUGCACCUAUAUGUAUACACACACAUAUGUAUUACAUACACACACGUAUGGUAGAAUAAUAAAAAAAUGAAGCUCUGGAGUCAGGCAAACCUAGAAUUCUACUGGUACUGACUAUGUUUCCUUAUUAUAUAAACUUCUAAAAUCUGAGUUUCACCAUUUGUAAACUGGGAAAAAAUAGGUAACAUGUUAAGUGAUUAGCAUGUUGUCUGCUGUCUAAUAAGCUUUCAGGAACUAUGAGUAGCCGCCAUUGUGAACAAAAUCUACAAAAUGUUGACCAGUGAUUCAGCUUGAAAAGAGAUAGAUAUGAUUCAUCGUCUUUGCCUCCAAACUGAUAGGAAUCAUCAUGGGUAGGCUGGGAGGACCACGCCUGGGAUGCCUGGCGGCCCUCUGGUUUGGGAACUGGGCUUAAGCCAAGGAAAGUGGCAUCGUCUUGUUAAUUUGGAAAGUACAGACACUUUUAAACAGAGCGCGUCAGUCUCAUUCCUAAUAGGUUGUGAAAGGAGACACAGAUCUCAGGAGGCUGGAAGGUGGGGAUCCAGGCCGCCUGUUGUUGCAGGUGGAAAGUGAGCAGAAGCACCUGUGUUGCACGCUCCACAUAAAUGAAGUCACCUACACAGGUCAUGUGUUCUGGGGGAGCAGUGGCCCUCCGGAUUGACUGGGAGACAGCUAAUAGAUGAGAAUCUUUGGCCAUAGUCAGUGUGUUAUGCUCCAAUGCUGAGGCUGAGGCUAGGGAAUGCGGAGGAGAAAGGAGCCAGACCAACUAGAAUCUGGAAAGGUCAACUGGCUGACAGCUGUCUGUCUGGGGAGACAUCCAGGGAGCAAGGCAAGAAGCUCGGGAUGAGUCAGAAUGGACACGAACCGCCUAGGUGCAGGGCGUCCCAGAGGCUGCACCAGGGCACGUGGACAUCAGCCUCCCCAGACAACACAGCCGCAGGGUUGGGGUCAAGGCCAAGAACAAGAUUAGCCAGAAAUGUAUCCAGGAUAUGGCUUGAAAACUGGAGGGAGCGAAGAGAGUAAGUCACAGGCUGGGCCAGGGCAGGGACAGAUUGGAAGUGUGGGGAAGGUGAGUUGCUUCUGCGUCAUCUGUCCUGUUUGUGCCCCAGGCCUGAGAGUUGACGCAUACAGCUUCUGACAGAAGAAAAGAUAGAAGAGUGGACAGAAAAAGGAAAGAAGCGUUUGCUUUUUCAGAGUGGAAACCUGAAUUGGCCAGCACAGAGCAUCUACAGGGGUUUCUAUGAGGGAGAGACCAGGGUACGAGGGGCUUUCUUUUUCGUCUCUGCGUUCCCUGGGGACCCUUCCAUGUCACUUUUCCUCAGGGUUCUGUCGUAAACCCACUUUUCUUCCCACCUGUAUCAGUCAGAGUGGGCUUGGGUUUGCUGCAGUAACAAAUGAUCCCCUAAUCUCAGUGGCUUAUAAUAGUAAACAUUUAUUUUUGGCUUUAGCUACAUGUUCACUGUGAGUUGGUUACAGCUUGCUUUCUCAUAAUCCUCAUUCUGUGACCCCGGCUGACUGAGUGGCCUCUGUCUCUGGAACACUGCUGCUUGAAAUAGCAGAGGGAGAAGAGACCAUGGAGAACCUUGACUUGGCCUUGGAGCUUCUGCACAGAAGGGAAGUGACACAUGUCAUUUCAACUCACAUUUCAUUGACCAAAAGAAGUCUUAUGAUGAAGCUUGGCAUUAACAGGAUGGCAAAAUCUAAUCCUUCCCCAGAAAUGAGCAAUGACUAUUUGUAACAGUAAUACAGUCCACCACAUGAUUGCGCUUACCCAGGGUCAUCUUGCCACUCCCACAACCCCAGUGACUGUCGCUUUGAUCCUGGAUUCCUUCCUCCAGCUCAGAUCUCUACACCAAAAGCCAAACCCACAAAUCCAGCUGUAAAUCAGGCAGUUCUCCUUCAAACUGAAUAUACCCAACUGAAGUCAUUUUCUCUUCAGCAUUUUGUUUAUUUCUGAUUAAAAAAAGACAGUAGCCACUGUCUACCUGGUUAGUGACACCUGGGAGUCACUUUUUGCUCUCCUUCAUCACCCCAGAUCCCACUAUCCAUCAGAAAGUCUUCUUGAUUGUAUUCAAUAAAUGUUUCUGCUUCUUUUCAUUUCUCCUACCCACGCUCAUCCAAGAUACAGUACUUCUCAAUUGGACUACUUUGGCAGGCUGUUCAGUAACUUCCAUGCCUCCCUCUUUUCCCUCUCCAAUUCACUCCGCCAGCAUCCAGAGCGAUCUUUCUAAUUUACAGAUCUGACAGUCCACCUUUCUGCUGUCUCCUCUGUUUAAGCUCUUGCAUGGAUUCCGACUGGUCUGAGAAUCAAGCUGUGGAAAGCUAGCAAGAUUCUCCAUUUCCCCUGCAGCCUUACCUUCACCAUUAUCCUACCCUCCCAGUGUCUUCCAUCUCCCAGUCCUGGCAUCCUGAACCCCUGCCAUCUGCUCUAACGGGCCAUGUUCUGUCUUCUAGAAUAUGAUGGUGCUAUUCCUUCUCACCAGAGUCUUCUUUAUCCUCUUCAGUUGGCUAACUUUAACUCACCCCUCAGUUCUCAGCUUACACAUUGUUUCCCCCAGGAGGCCUUCUCUGGCCCUUCCUAAACUGUGUAAGUUGUUCCUGUCACAUGCUCCCAUGCACUAAACAUGCUGUCCUUCUUUUACUCUAGCACAGAUCAGCUCUUAGACCUGCAGCGGUCCUCCCUUACACAUGGGAGAUAUUUUACAAGACCCCAAUGGAUGCCUCAAACUGAGGACAGUACCAAACCGCAUACUAUAUGUAGUACGUUUUUUGCUAUACAUACAUACCAGUGAUCAAGUCUAAUUUAUAAAUUUGGCACAGUAAGACAUUAAGAACAACAAUAAUAAAAUAGGUGGGGCACACAGUGGCUCACACCUGUAAUCUCAGUGCUCUAGGAGGCUGAGGUGGGCGGAUCAUGAGGUCAGGAGUUCAAAACCAGCCUGGCCAAUAUGGUGAAAUCCCCUCUCUAAUAAAAAUACAAAGUUAGCCAGGCAUGGUGGUGGAUGCCUGUAGUCCCAGCUACUUGGGAGGCUGAGGCAGGAGAAUUGCUUGAACCUGGGAGGUGGAGGUUGCAGUGAGCCGAGAUUGCGUGACUGUACUCUAGUCUGGGGGACAGAGCGAGACUUCAUCUAAAUAAUAAUAAUAAUAAAAGAAUAAUUAUAACAAUACAUUGUAAUAAAUGAUGUGAAUGCAGUGUCUCUCUCUCAAAAUCUCUUACUGUACAGUACUGCAGGUCACUAAAGCCUGAAGGCGAAACCAUGGAUAAGGGCGGUUACCGCAGCAUAAAUGUCUGCUGUCUUUGUUGCUGCACUGGAAUCUGCUUGAGAGCAGUGACUAGGUCAACACUGUAUCUCCAACUCCUAGCAGAGCAUGUGGAAUAGUCUAGAGGCUAUUGGAUGGAAUGAUGAUGAAUGACCAUUCAUAGAGUUGAAAAGUCAAGUUUGACAUGUCCUCAAAAGCAAGGUCAGAAAGACACAGAAAAGUCCUUGCUUCCUUUAUAUCAGGGGAGCUGAGAAAGAGUAGCUUGGAUUAGGGCUGGAGGAUGCUAUAAAUCGGAAAGAAAAACAGACUUCUGGAGAACGAUAAAGGAAGGGCAGGGUCUGGGAAGAGGCGAGAUACACUAGAAUAGAACCUUCUGGGGCUGGGCGCAGUGGCUCACGCCUGUAAUCCCAGCACUUUGGGAGGCUGAGGUGGGUGGAUCACCUCGAUUUCGGUCUAGAGAUCGAGACCAUCCUGGCCAACAUGGUGAAACCCCGUCUCUAUUUAAAAAAAAUACAAAAUAAUUAGCUGGGCAUGGUGGCACGUGCCUGUAAUCCCAGCUACUCAGGAGGCUGAGGCAGGAGAAUUGCCUAAACCCAGGAGGCAGAUGUUGCGGUGAGCCGAGAUCGCACCAUUGCCCUCCAGCCUGGGUAACAAGAGUGAAACUCUCUCAAAAAAAAGAACCUUCUGGUGGGGGCGGGAUUUUUAUCUGUUUUGUUCACUGCAGAAUCCUUGGGCCUAAAACAGUUCUCGACACAUAGUAAGCAGCUAAUAAUUUACUGAAUGAACUCAUGAGCAAGUGAAUGAAUGAAUGAACAAACUGUAGGUCAUGGUUCUUUGUUUCCAAGGACCAACUCUGGCAGAAAGAGAAUUUAUUGGAAAUAGGGUAAUUCACAGAAUCGAAAAGCCAGAGAAUCAAGCCUGGAAAAUGAACAGCCAUCAAGGGAAGUCACGCAGAUAGAACCACAGCCAAGGUUGCAUCACAGGAAUACCCUGCUAAGGGCAUCACCCUGGCACUGCUGCUGCCAGGCACUACUGUUCCUGGCAUUGCCACCACUGCCCUCUUUGUGAGAGUCAGCUCUCAUUGACCCUGUGACUUGACGUUAUUCCUUCGAGAUUUAGUGUCCCAGACCGGAAUCCCUGAUCAUCUGAACCAGGGUGGAUUGCUUGUUCAUUACUUGCCGGAAUACGGGAGAAAGUAUUUAUCCCCUGUCAGCAGAGGGGGCCAUGCUGCCAUUCUGUGUUAGGAUUUCUCCCUAAUAAGACAGUCGUUCAAUGCUGGGUGGUCUAAAACACCCUCUAAGUGUAAUGAAUUCUUACUAUAGAAACUCAAUCAAUUCAGAAGGGCACAAAAUAUAAAAUGCAAAUCCACUCUCUACUUCCCAAUCCCUAUUCCACCCCAAGAAAUAACCACUGUUACUGGUUGGUAAUGUGUUUUUACACACUUCUUCAAGAAACUUCAUGAAGUUUAUAUGUCAAUUAUAAGCAUCCCAUAAUAGCUAGGAAAUCCAGCCCUGUGCAGUUUAUGAAACAAUAAGAAUUGUUUCAUCAAGAAAUAAUAAUUACAUAAAAACAAACAAUUUUCAUUGUUUCAAAAACUGAACUGAGCUGAACUUCCUAGCUACUGUAGAGUGCUUGUAAAUUACAUGUAAAACUUGUAGUCUGAAGGUUUUUGCUUGGGAAUAAAGUGGUUGCUUGGGGUCUGAAGCCCUGGCUGUGUGUGGUGUUGCUGGCAGUUCCUAACUCUCAGGAGGGGACCACUUGCCCAGUAAACGGUAGGCACUGUCUCUUGGUGCUGUUUGCUGUGUUGUGUUAAAUAUUACUGGGUAUUUCUUGCUUGAGAUUGAUCAGGGCUGUAAUGACAUCUAUCACUAUGAUGGGUUAGCAAAAUGUGGGUUCUAUUGGAGGGAAGAUACUCACUCUGCCUUUGCCUAAUUGAUUUAAAUUGCCGAAGGGACAGCCUCCUGUUUAGGAUGUCUCUUAUAGAGAGUUCUGCUCUUCUUAAAAAAAAAAAAAUUACUAGGUACAGUUGUGUAUGCCUGUAGUCCCAGCUACCUGGGAGGUUUAGAUGGGAGGGUCGCUUGAGAUCAGGAGGUCAAAUCCAGCUGGGGCAGCAUAGUGAGACCCCCCAUCUCUAAAAAUAAAUGUAUAGGGCUGGGCAUGGUGGCUCAUGACAGUAAUCCCAGCACUUUGGGAAGCCAAGGUGGGCAGAUCACGAGGUUGGGAGUUUAAGAUCAGCCUGGCCAAUAUGGUGAAACCCCAUCUCUACUAAAAAUUAGCCAUAUGCGGUGGCAGGCACUUGUAGUUCCAGCUAUUCAGGAGGCUGAGGCAGAAGAAUCACUUGAACCUGGGAAGCAAAGGUUGCAGUGAGCCAAGAUCACACCACUGUACUCCAGCCUAGGUGACAGAGCAAGGCUCCAUCUCAAAAAAAGAAAAAAGUUAUAUGUACAUACAUAUAAAAGAAGAAAACAAAAAUUAUCUGAAAUAAUAUUUUUCUGGGAUUUUAAAGAAAUAAAGUUCCAGAACUAACCCAUCCUCAACUGAUUGCCAGAGAAGCUAGUUCUGGGUAUGUAGUAGUUAAUGUUCUUCAUCAUGUUGGUAGAUGUGUGAUUUUGAGUCCCCAGGAAACAGUGCCCAGGUGCCCCACAGUGGUUGGACAGUGCAAAUGUAAGACACUUUGAUAGGAGACAGUUUUGCACAAAGAACAGAGAAUGGUUGCUCAUAUAAGUGAUCUGAAUUUUAAGAAAGUAGAACUGAUGGUUAUAAAUCUUAUCAUAGUCCAGCCCUGGACUGGACCUUUUGUAAGAAAUACACAACAAAGCAUAUGGUACAGCUAUAAACAGAAUAAUGCAUUAUAUGAAGUUGCAUAAAUACAGUUCAGGUUGUUACAGGGCUGACCCAAAUCAUCAUGAUAGGUCCAAGUAUAAGGUCUCAGGCUGGUAUCCAAUGUGACCUCUCAAGAGCCUAGAAGUAGGCUGGGCAUGGUGGCUCACACCUGUAAUCCCAGCACUUUGGGAAGCCGAGACAGGCAGAUCACCUGAGGUCAGGAGUUUGAGACCAGCAUGGCCAACAUGUCGAAACUCCAUCUCCACUGAAAAUACAAAAAUAAGCUGAGCGUGGUGGUGCAUACCUGUAGUCUCAGCUACUUGGGAGGCUGAGGCAGGGAGAAUCGCUUGAACCCGUGAGGCAAAGGUUGCAGUGAGCCAAGAUCAUGCCAUUGCACUUCAGCCUGGGUAACAGAGUGAGACUCCACCUCUGAAAAAACAAAAAACAAAAAAAGCCUAGAAGCAAAAGCCAGCACUUCAGUCCAGCCUGCUUUGCCCAGGUUUGUCAAGGAAAAAAUGUUACUUGGAUGAUGCUCUAUGCUUCUUCUUUGCCAAACAACUGUCUGCAGUAUUUCUACACAGAAGUCAGCAGAACAGAUAUGAUUAUGACAUAACAUCCAGGAUUCCCAUACAAAGCCUUUCUACUGGAAAUUGAUGCAAUAUUAGUACCUAAACUGGUAGCAGUUCUGUUUUACAUUCGUGAAAUGGGAUAAAUUUUAAGUCUUUUUGAUAGAAUCUAGUGAACAAAUAUGGGUUGAUAAUUUUAAAAUGUGAGUUAAUUCUGGUUUAAAGUUGCAGCCAAAAUAGAAGUUAGCUGUGAUUCAUUUGAAAUUAUGGGAACAUUCUGAGUGCUGAUAACAGAAGAGGGCAAUGAGUAUGACAGAAGCCAUAAUAUUUUGUUGAUACAAAGAAACAUUGGCUCUUUGAUAGAAGUUUCCAGGAGCAGCGGCAACAGUUAAAAAUUGGUGAAAGCUUGGGAGGCCAAGGCAGGUGGAUCACAAGUUCAGGAGAUCGAGACCUUCCCUGCCAACAUUGCGAAACCCCAUCUCUACUAAAUACAAAAAAUUAGGCUGGCAUGGUGGUGGGCGCCUGUAGUCACAGCUAUGCAGGAGGCUGAGACAGGAGAAUUGCUUGAACCUGGGAGGCAGGGGUUGCAGUAAGCUGAGAUUGCACCACUGCACCUAGCCUAGGCUACAAGAGUGAAACUCCAUCUCAAAAAAAAAAAAAGAAAAGAAAAGAAAAAGGAAAAGAAAAGCCAAAGGAAAAAAAAGAAUAAACAAAAAAAAUUGGUGAAAGCAAUGAACUUUCAUAUUAAAUUUAAUUUUCUCUUGCCUUGGUCUUGACUAUCAUACACAUAAACCUCAGGAGACUAGAAACGUUAGAAAAACCAUUAUUCUAUAAGAAAAUUACAACUAGCUAGGAGGAAUGAGUUCUGGUGUUUGCAGCACUGUGGGGUAAAUAUGGUUAAGUAUAAUUUAUUGUAGAUUUUCAGAAAGCUGGAAAGAGGACUUUGCAUGCUGCCAACACAAAGAAACAAUAAACGUUUGAGGUGAUGGAUUUGCCAAGUACCUUGAUUUGGUCAUUAUACAUCAUAUACAUGUAUGGAAAUAUCACUCUGUCUCCCAGAAAUAUGUGCAAUUAUUAAACGUCAACUAACACUAACAGGGAAGAAACAGUAUCGUAUGAAUCUAUUAAAAUAAUGCCCUUGUGGCCGGGCACAGUGGCUCACUCCUGUAAUCCCAACACUUUGGGAGGCCAAGGUGGGUGGAUUGCCUGAGCUCAGGAGUUCAAGACCAGCAUGGCCAACAUAGUGAAACCCUAUCUCUACUAAAAAUACAAAAAAUUAGCUGAGUGUGGUGGCGGGUACCUGUAAUCCCAGCUACUAGGGAGGCUGAGGCAGGAGAAUCGCUUGAACCAGGGAGGCAGAGGUUGCAGUGAGCUGAGAUGGUGCUAUUGCACUCCAGUCUGGGCAAUAAGAGCGAAACUCUGUCUUAAUAAAAAUAAUAAUGCCCUUAUUUUGUCUGAGCAGGAAGUGAAUAAUUUUGUCACGUUCUAGAGAAGCUAGAUCAUGACCUGGGCAUUGAAUGGUCAGGAGUGGCCCAGGGAAAAGAACCAGGGCAUGACCUGCAGGAAGAGAAAGCCAGGUUGUGAAGCCACAGGGAGGAGAAAUGGGAGCUGCGGUGGCAGCAGCAGGGACUGGGGCUGUCUGGCGAAGGCGUGAGAAAGUGGGAGUUAUGGCAGUGUCAAUGCUAGCUGUCCUGUCUGCCCACGUGCCAUGAGACAUAACUUCUCCUGGGCUAUGCCAAAUUUCAGUACUGCCUCAGGACUCCUUUCCUUGAUAUUUAUCCAAGAGACAGGAAAAUGCGUGUUCACAUCGUCUUGUACACUAAGGCUCCUAGCUGCUUUUUAUGUAAUAGCCAAAAAUGGAAAACAAUCUAGAAGCUGAAAACAGCCUACAUGUCUGGCAACAGGUGGUAGAUGGCCUGCGACUCAACAAUAAAAAGGGAUGGAUGGUUGUUGAACAGAGCAGCAGGGAAGCUGUCCAAGCCAUUAUGCUGAGCAAAACAAAGCUCCUCCCCUACCCACACUCCCAAAGCAAAGAGCAUGUGCUAUAUAAUUCCAUUUAUUUAUUUAUGUAUUUAUCUAUUUGAGACGGAUUCUUGCUCUGUUGCCCAGGCUGGAGUGUAGCAUCAUUGCCUCUCACUGCAACCUCUGCUUCCCGGGUUCAAGCAAUUCUCCUGCCUCAGCCUCCCAAAUAGCUGGGACUACAGGUGUGUGCUACCAUGCCAGGCUAACCUCUGUAGUUUUAGUAAAAAUGGGGUGUCACCAUGUUGGCCAGGCUGGUCUCAAACUCCUGACCUCAAGUGAACCACGCACCUCGGCCUCCCAAAGUUCUGGGAUUACAGGUAUGAGCCACUGCACCUGGCCUAUUUAUGUUUUAUUUUUUAGAGACAGGGUCUCUCACUCUGUCACCCAGGCUGGAGUAAAGUCAUGUGAUCACAGCUCAUUUUGUCCUUGACCUCCGAGGCUCAAGCAAUCCUCCUGCCCAACCUCCCCAGUAGCUAGGACUACAGGUGAGCACCACCACACUUGGCUAAUUUAAAAACAAUGUGUUUGUAGAAGCAGGGUCUCACUAUGCUGCCCAGGCCAUGCUACAUAAUUCUGUUUCUAUAAAACUAAAGAAGACGCAAACUAAUGUUUAGUGGAGACAACAGAUCAGUGGUUGUUUGGGGACAAAGUAGAGGGAAGGAUGGAUUACAAGCUGGCACAAGAAUUUUGGGGGUGACGGGAAAUGGGUAAAUUGUUUUGGUUUCAUGGACAGGUUUGUAUGUCAAAACACAGUGGACGCUUUAUGUACAGUUCAUUGUAGAAAAAAAAUUUAAACAAAGAUACCCCCACCCAAAUAAAAGAACAGGACCUGCUAGACAGUAAGUUCUUAAUAAAUGUCAGUUAGUAAGUUCUUAAUAAAUGUCAGUUAACAACAAUAAUAAUGGUAAGCACUAUGAUUAUGUCUAGUUUACAGAGUGGAAACUGAAGCCCAAAGAGGUCAAGUAACUUGCCCAAGGUCACACAGUCAGCUGGUGGUGUGUCCAGGACGCAGUCUAACUCUAAGACCUGAACUCCGUGGGAGGAAAAAGAGUGUGAAGGCAGGGCUAGGAGAAUGAGCAGGUCCAGAAAGAAGGUUCUAAGAGGCACCAUAUCAGAGGAGCAGCAAGGGGGACUGGAGGCCAGUGGGGAUGGGAGGAAGAGCUUCCACUGAGAGCAUUCCAUGGGUAUUUUGUAUCAAGUACAGAAACUUGCCUUUUCUCACUCAGUCAUUAAUUCACAUACCAUAAAAUUCAGCUAUUUGCCGAGCACAGUGGCUUACACCUGUAAAUUUCAGUACUUUGGGAGGCCAAGGUUGGUGGAUCACUGGAGGCCAGGAGUUUGAGACCAGCCUGGCCAACAUGGUGAAACCUUGUCUCUAUAAAAAAUACAAAAAUUAGCUGAGCGUGAUGGCACAUCCCUGUAAUCCCAGCUACUCCACAGGCUGAGGCAGGAGAAUUACUUGAACCCGGGAGGUGGGGGUUGCAGUGAGCCAGUAUUGCAUCACUGCACUCCAGCCUGGACAACACAGCAAGACUCUGUCCACCCUCCCCAAAAAUUACCUAUUUGAAGUACGCAAUUCAGUGGGUUUUAGUACAUUCCCAGGGUUGUGCAACCAUCACAAUUUAAUUUCACAGUGUUUUUGGAACUCCCCCAAAAACCUGUACCAAUCAGCUGUCACUCCCCAUCUUCCUCUUUCUCCCUUCCUUCUUCAGCCUUAGUUAGCCACAGAUCUAGUUUUCAUCACCAUAGACUUGCAUAUUCUGAACAUUUCAUAUGACUAGAAUCAUAUGAUAUGUGGUCUUUUCUGCCUGACAUCUUUCACUUAGUAUAAUGUUUUCAAGGUGCAUUGUAUUAUCAGUACCUUAUUUCUUUUACGGAUGGAGAAUAAUCUAUUGUAUGGAUAUACCACAUUUUGUUUAUCCAAUCAUCAGUUCAUGGCCAUGGGUUGCUCUCAUUUUUUGGUCAUUUUGAACAAUUCUGCUAUUCUCAAUCUGUUUUGUUUCAACAACUGAUGGUUAUUUUAACUGGUAAAGAGAGAGGCAGAUAUCAAUCACAGGCACAGAUGCCAUCUGAGCAUAUGGCUCUUUAUUUGCAGACCAUCUGGUUUAUUUUGUAUUUAAUACAAUAUGUGGGGACUCUUUUAAAAUAGUUUUCUGUGCAGUAAAGAACUUAGACUUAGGCUACAGUUAUCAGUGAUAGCGCUUCCUAGUUACUUGUAUUUAGGGAAAUUGUUUGCGAAGGUAUUGGUAACUUUUAUUGAGUACUUCCUAUUAGGUUGAUGUAUAUUUUCCAGUAUAAUUCUUACACUACUCUGUGUGUUAAGUAUUAUGAACCUUAAUGUAAAUGAGACUUCUGAGGCACAUGGACAUUAGCACCUACUGUGGUGCCUGCCUCCAGGUUCACCCACAGGUACAUACUGGCAGCUUCUUAUUUUAACCAUCAGUCUCUUUGCUUCUCAGCCUGAGGCUUUCUCAGACUGCCUGAAAAAUCCUUUAGCAGUGCUCAGGAACCUAAUCACUCCAGGGCAACCCUAAACAUGCUCAACUUUCCUUCUUCCUUCCAGAUGUUCUACAUGACAGGUCAGCAGAGUUUUGCUCUUAGGACCAGAGAGUAAAUAUUUUCAACUUUGUAGGCCAUACCGUCCCUGUCCCUGUAGCGACUAUUCAACUCUGCCAUUUUAGCAUGAAAGUAGCAAUAGAUGAUCCUAAAAGAUUGGGCUUGGCUGUGUUCCAAUAAAACUUUAUUUACAAAUAGUGGGUUGGAUUUGACCUGCUGGCGGUAGUUUUCUGAUGCCUAUUCUCCAUGAUUUCUUAGAAGAUUCCCAAUGGAGUUGAACCCCAGUUAAACUGAGGUAACCCAUUUAUUACCACAGCCUUUUUUACUGGCUUUUCUUUAUUCCCCGUGUCUUUAUUUACACACUUUAUUUUUGCUUGCUGGGAUCUCCAACCAGACAAACUCCCGGUACCAAAUUAUGCCUCUCAGUUUCUGUUUUUGGGGGAACCAAAUUGACAAACCAGGACAAUACGAUGUUACAGCAGGCUGAGAAUAUGCAUAUGAAGAGAUCAGAGGCUGUGGCGUGAGUCUGAGCCACAGCUCUAUACCUGAAUGACCCUGGGCAAAUAACUUCAUCUCUUCGUGCCUCAUUUUCCCCAUCUGUAAAAUGGGUAUUGUCACAGAACUCACUGCAAAAAGUUUUUAGGAGGAUUUUAUGUGUGAUAAAGCAUGCCUGAUAAUAGACAAUUUCUUAUUAUAAAGCAUAGAGACUUGUGAAUGGUUCAUGAAGUUUUUCAUUCAUUUAUGGAAAGAUCCUUUAUACCCUCUUUGCAAAAUAGAAAAAUAGGAUUGAGUUAACGGAUUUUUCAAAAAAUUCUUAAGACUUAAUUUUUUUAGAGCAGUUUUAGGUUCACAGCAAAAUUGAGAAGAGGCUAUACAUAUAUCCCAUAUCCUGUCCCCCAACACCCAGGCCCUGACAUGCACAGCCUCCCCAAAGGCAACAUGCCCCACCAGAGUGGUCCAUUUGUUACAACUGAUGAACCAACAUUGACACAUUGUUCUCACCCCAAAUUCAUAGUUUACAUUAGGGUUCGUUCUUGGCGAAUCCUGUCAGUAUUCACCUUAAUAUGUAUUCACUUUUUUUUGAGAUGGAGUUUCACUCUUCUUGCCCAGGCUGGAGUGUAGUGGUGCCACCGCAGCUCACUGGCAACCCUGGCGACCCCCACCUCCCGGGUUCAAGCGAUUCUCCUGCCUCAGCCUCCCAAGUAGCUUUUUUUUUUCCAGUAGAGACAGGGAUUCACCAUGUUGGCCAGGCUGGUCUUGAACUCCUGACCUCAGGUGAUCCACCCUCCUUGGCCUCCCAAAGUGCUGGGAUUACAGACAUGAGUCAUUGCUCCCUGCCUAGUCACCAUUUUUAAUUAUUUAUUGUGAGAAAUAUAAAUAGCUGAACAAUACAACAUAUUUUCCCCAGUUUGGCCUUGAUGAUUUGAAAAUACAUUGUCCUUUGUGUUCAAAAAACACAAAGCACAAAGAAUUCCUGUCCUUGGGGGCUAUUUACUGUAUACUGAACUAUUUAUGAAUGAAAUAUUAUAUCAGGAAUUGUUUUUAAAAAUGAUCUGUGGCAGGAGAAGUGCGUGUGGAUACCGAAACAAGAUUGGUCCUGAGUUGACACUGGUUGAAAUUGGGUGAUGGAAGCUGAGAGUUCAUUAUAAUAUACUCUCUACUUUCCUAUUUGUUUGAAAUUUCUCAUAAACGUAAGUGGUUAAAAAACACAUGGCCUCAGAAACUAUAAACAAAACACUGCUGCUAUAAGAACUGCAUUAUAGGAAGGAAGGAGGGGAAUUAUCUCCAGCUACGUCCUGGGGACCAACCACCCUAAUUCAUUAACAUAUCAGAACGACAGCCUCUUUUUUAUUCUUGAGUAUGCCCAAGACCUUCUGCAAGAUUUCUCUUCUGUGGUCGCAGCAGGGUAAGGAGCCUUGUGACACUCAGCUAGGGAACAGGAGAUGGGGCAACACUCAGCCAGGUUAGGAAAGUGGAUCCUCAAUAUUUGAAAAAAGUGGAUCCACCGGGAGCAGUGGCUCAUGCCUGUAAUCUCAGCACUUUGGGAGGCCGAGGCAGGUGGAUCAUGAGGUCAGUAGUUCAAGACCAGCCUGGCCAUGAUAGUGAAACCCUGUCUCUACUAAAAGACAAAAAUUAGCUGGGCGUGGUGGCAUGCACCUGUCAUCCCAGCUACUUGGGAGGCCGAGGCAGACAAUUGUUUGAACCCAGAGAUGGAGGUUGCAGUGAGCCGAGAUUGCACCACUGCACUCCAGCCUGGUCACAGAGUGAGACUCUGCCUCAAAGAAAAAAAAUUGAAAAGGACAUUCAAAACAACAUUUGAAAGAAGUCAGAGUGAUCAGUAAGAAACUUAGGAUCUAGAAAAUGGUUAUAGUGUUUAUCCAGAAGAAUGAACGCUGAAGAUCUGCAGAGAGGCCAGUGUUUGCCCAGAGGAGAAAUCAUUCAGAUAUGAUUUUCAGCUAUUAGAAUAUUGACACGGAGCUCAGGUGAUAAUGGAUAUGUACUUCUACCAUGUCCCUCCCCGAGACUGUACAAAUCUAUAUACAGACACCUAUGAGUUCUCAGGCUGUGUAUAAACCUUUCGCUGUAUUACAAUGCUCAUCAUCACUGUAGGGGACCUUCGCAGGAGCUGGGGGGGAAGGUGAGGAAGAAGGCCCCGCCUGGAAAGCAACAGGGAACCACCAGUGUCAGCAAAGUGAAGCUUGUUGCAAGGCCUGCAGUCAUAUGAACCCAACAGCUUUUAGUUCAUCCCAGUGGCCCUUAGACUAUUCAUCCUUUGACUUCACAUGUGCUUUGAAAUUUUGUUGUGAUCUUUGCUGAGUCAGUGUGGAAGUCACAGGAUAGGUUUUAGAUUUUUUACUUUUCAGCCUGUGAUUUAAAGUUCUGAUGACUUGGGGAAAGGGCUGAUCAUCUUGUGCUAAAUCACUGAUGGAAUUUAAAUUAAAAUCUCCAUCUCCCAAUCAACCCAAAUGUCCAUCAAUGACAGACUGGAUAAAGAAAAUGUGGUACACAUACACCAUGGAAUACCAUGCAGCCAUAAAAAGAAACGAGAUCAUGUCCUUUGCAGGGACAUGGGUGGAGCUGGAAGCAUCAUCCUCAGCAAACUGACUCAGAAACAGGAAACCAAACACUGCAUGUUCUCACUUAUAAGUGGGAGCUGAAUAAUGAGAACAUGUGGACACAGGGAGGGGAACAACACAUGCUGGUGCCUGUGUGGGGGUGGGAUGAGGGGAGGGAAAGCAUUGAGAAAAACUGCUAAUGCAUGCUAAUAUCUAGAUGAUGGGUUGAUAGGUGCAGCAAACCACCGUGGGACACGUUUACCUAUGUGACAAACCUGCACAUCCUGCACAUGUACCCUGGAACUUAAAAAUAAAAAUUUUCAAAAAGGGAAAAAUAAAAUGUCUAUCUCUUAAGUCCUGGUUUUUUAAAAUUAUCCCACAUGGCCUUGUCAUUUGCACAGAUUAUGUGAUGGUUUUGAGUUGAUUGGGGCUGCAGAAAAAUUGUGCUAAUUUACAGUGAAAAUUAAAUCAAGACAUUUGAUUGACAAUGUGUGAUCAUCAUUGUGCAUGGCUAGAUGUGCUGGUUGGUGACGUGCUUUUGGACAUCCGUUUACUGUCUCAGCUGCAGUAACUGGAACCACAUGCAUUACCUCCUUUCCUCCCCCACUCUGCCAUGCAGACAUAGUUUGCAUUCAGAGUCAGUACUUUGGUGCCUUUUCUGACAAGUUUCGGUUGAAAGCAUGAAUGCUAAAUUUUGGAAUAUUAAUGAACUAGAACCAAGUAGGAAUUUCUUGGACAGAUAAGAGAGAAAUGGUGUUUUUAAUCUGAAGUGAUCCUGAGUAAUUCUUCUGAGCUCAGUUUUUAUUUCAUUAUUUUAUUUCUCAUUUAUUUUUUUUUUAAUUGUACUUUAAGCUCAUCCUGCAGGGUUGCUGCAUAGGUACACACUUGCUAUGGUGGUUUGCAGUCUCCGUCCCUGUCCCCGUGGCCUACAUCAGGCAUUUCUCCCAGUGUUUUCCCUCCCCGGCCUCCCCGACCAGCUGCUGUCCCUCCCUGACACCCACUGUCCCUCCCCUAGACCCCCACCCACCCCAGUGUGGGAUGUUCUCCUCCCAGUGUCCACGUGUUCUCACUGUUCAACACCACCUAUGAGUGAGAAAAUGCAGUGUUUGGUUUUCUGUUCUUGUGUCAGUUUCCGAGCUCAGUUUUUAACUGACACAUCUGAACAUCAGACUUUAUUAAAAACGUGUUCAAAGUGUCAUGUGCAAUGAAAGCUUCAUCAAGGAGAGGCACCUGAGUGUCAUUACUGGUAAUAGAAUCCUGUUCCUGUAGUUUUUAAUUCCCACACUACUGAAAUGAAACACAACCGGUUAUAUAGCAUAAUAUGUAAAAUCUACCUGGGAAUUCAAUCAUUUUGCAAUUAAGUUUGAGGUCUUUUAAAAUCAUUUUGUCUAUAAAACAUGGCACUUUAUCUGUUUAAUCAUGACUCGAAUAAGAGACAGGAGAAAACAUACCUGGGAAAACACAAAUGAUUGAUGAGUGGAAAGUGACUAAGGUUGAUGUGUUGAAUGGUGGUAAAUUCUACAAAAUCUUAGAGCUCCUUCAAGGGAGGGAUAAACAUAAGCCAUGCCUGGGAGACAAUUUGUAUAUUUUGAGUAGUUUGGACGGUUACUGUGGUUAGUUUGGUAUGUGAGAAAGGACAGUAGAAAACAAGAUGAGCUCAGCUAAAAGUAAUAGAGCGCCCAGUUUACAGUGGCUCCUAUCUCAUUUCUCAUUUUGACAUCCUUAGCAACAUCGCCUUGGAGCCCGUUAUUUAUGUAGAUUCUCAGGCACCACCUCAGCCCUGCAAAAUCAGAAUUUCCAUUGUAAGGAGAUUCCCAAGAGAUUCACUGGCCCAUUAAAGUCUGGUCUAGAAAAUAAAGAUAGAGAUAUUUCCAUGAAUAAGGGUCUGAAUGCAAUCAGUUUCAAGGUGGCUGCAUCUAGACCAUCAAUAAUAGGCUUUUGUUUCAUUCCACUUCACAAUCCUUAGCACGUGGACUUUGCCUUUAGUUGCGCGGCCUCGGGAUUCCAAAGUGGCUGCUGUGUCUCCUCGGACCAGUGAGUUCCAGGCAGGAAGGGAGGGGCAGACGUCUUCUAAUAUCUCAUCGGCCAGACCUGGGUCACAUGUUUUUGUGUUUUUUUUUUAACCUUUCUUAUGGUACUGAAGGUGUUGACUUUUAGACGACUCACUUGGGAUGAUAAAAGGAUUAGCAUUACUAAUUUAAACCCUUCAUUUAUUCAUUAAAAAAAAAUUGCCUACUAUGUGCCAACUCAUGAGCAUUCCAUGGAGCUAAAGCUGAGAUCACGGGUCUCUUGUCUAUUGCCUGAACAAAAUUAGGGUUAUUUUAGUCAAGAGGAAAUGAGGGAAUCCUUAUUAGGUGGAAUCAAUAUUAGCCACAGGUAGGUUGAGGCCAGAUUUGGAAGGGUCUUCAAACUCAUGCCAAGAAUGGACUGAGACCAGUGAGGAGACCUUUAAGGUGAUUCAAGUAAGAGAUGAUGAGGACCAGCUCAGGACAAUUGUGGCUGCUUUGGAGGAAGGGAUGCGUCGAAAGUCUGCUCUGAGGUGAAAGUCCCUCCUUAGUGAUAAUAUAUGUGGGCAAUGAAGAGGAGGGAUGACUCAUUGAAACUCUGAUGGGAUCCUUCACUCAGCUGUCUAAGACCACUUGACUUAAGAAAAAAAAAUCUAUGUAUCGUUAUGACUCUUAGCAGUGGAUUUAUUUGUUUUUAUUUAUUUAUUUUUUUUUUUGAGACAGAGUCUCACUCUGUCGUCCAGGCUGGAGUGCAGUGGUGUGAUCUUGGCUCACUUAGCAGUAGAUUUUUUAAAACUCCAUGUGUUUAACACAUAAACAAUCGGGUGAAACCACGCUCUGUAAUCUAGGUUUUCCACCUAAUGUGUCAUGAACCAAUUUGUCAGUUCAUGUAGAACUGUCUCAUCUUUCUUUAACUCAGUUUUUAUUUGAAAAAUGUUGCAAAACAUAAGCAAGUUAAAAACCAUGUACAGUAUGAUAAAUUUAACAAACUAUAAAAAGUAAAAAAAGAAAUCAUCCCUUCCUUUUAUUUCUGGAACAUGUGUCUCCCCCAGUUUUCCCAAAGGUAACACAGACUUAGUAAGAGAUUCCCAUGAACUACACAUACAUACCUCUCUAUGUGUAAACAGUUGUCCCUCAGUGUGCAUGGGGACAAGGGGGUUGGUUCUAUGACCCUGUGGAUACCAAAAUCCAUGGAUGCUCAAGCCCCUGAUAGAAAGUGACAUAGUGUUUGCCUAUAACCUGUGCACACUCUCUCAUAUACUUUAAAUCAUCUCUAGAUUACUUAUGCUACUCAAUACAGGGUAAAUGCUGCAUACAUAGUGUUAUAUUGUUUUGUUUAGGGAAUAGUGACAAGAAAAGAUGUCUGUGUGUGUUCAGUACAGACACAACCGUCCUUUAUUUUUUUCCAAAUAUUUACAAUCCAUGGUUGGUUGAAUCCACAAAUGCAGAACCCAUGGAUAAAGAGGGUCAACUGUGUAUAAAUGACAAUGUGUUACAAUGCACAGUUUCCACUGUUGCUCUUUUUUACAAAACCUCUGCCCUUAUUCGUGAUGAGCACCUGUGGUCCAAGAAUCAGCAUUGUUUAAGAGAGCUUUACCUCAAAGUGUACGCUUUUCAUUUUUAUAUUUGCAUAUAGAUUAUAAUACAUAUCAUCUGGGCUUGUUGUGAUAUCUCAUGCCCGCAAUCCCAGCACUUUGGGAGUCUAAGGUGGAAGGAUCACUUGCAUCCAGGAGUUUGAAACCAGCCUGGGCAACAUAGUGAGAUCUUGUCUCUAUUUAAAAAAGAAAAAUAAAUAAAUAAAUACCUUCCCCCCCAAAAUACAUAUAAUCUGCUUUAAAUAAACUUUUUUUUUUGAAACGAUGUCUCUCUGUCACUCAGGCCUGAGUACAGUGGCACAAUCUAGGCUUACUGCAACCUCUGCCUCCCAGGUUCAAGCCAUGCUCCCACCUCAGCCUCCUGAGUAGCUGGAAUGAUAACCAGCUAAGUUUUGUUUCUUGUAGAGAUGGGGGUCUCUACAAGAGACCCCAGGCCUAUGUUGCCCAGGCUGGUCUCUAACUCUGGGACUCAAGCAAUCACCUGCCUCAGCCUCCCAAAGUGUUGAGACUAUAGGCAUGAACCACUGCGCCAGUCUUAAUGAACUUCUAAUACACUAUGCCAUUUAAAAAUUUCAUUCAUCGUCUGACUCUUUCUUCACUAGGAUAUAAGUUUCCUGAGGGCAGGGGGUUUUGUUUUGCUCACAGAUGUAUCACCACAGACUAGGUAGUACCUGGCCCCAAGUGGGUGCUCAAUAUAUAUUGAAUAUGAAAUGAAUAAACUUCUAGCAGAUUAUCCUCAUUGUGCUUAAAAUGACCAAAUGGCUUUUCCCUGUACUUCCAUUCUGUCUUUUCCCCUUGAUCUCAUGUGGUGUGCUCAGGGAGGCCAACUAAUGUUAGUAUUAACUUAAGAAAAGAGGAGUGUAACCGGGCACAGUGGCUGACACCUGUAAUCCCAGCACUUUGGGAGGCCAAGGUGGGCAGAUCACUUGAGGUCAGGAGUUCGAGACCAGCCUGGCCAAUGUAGUGAAACCCUAACUCUUCUAAAAAUUAGCUGGGCAUGGUGCAGCAUGCCUGUAGUCUCAGCUACUUGGGAGCCUGAGGCAUGAGAAUCACUUGAACCCGGGAGGUAGAGGAUGCAGUGAGCAGAGAUUGCACCAAUGCACUCCAGCCUGGGAGACAGAGCAAGACUCCAUCACACACACACACACACACACACACACACACACAAAGUGAAGUGUAGAAACAAAUUUCCCCAAAGAAGCCACUGAUGUAUGCCAUGGUGAAACUUAAAGGAUUACUCUUAUCUGGCCUUGGGGAUUAUCUGCACCAUGGCCUCCAUCCCCUUACACGAAGGAUCAAGCUAACCACAUAAACAUUUAGACUCCCUGCAUGAUCUGGGAGAACAUAAGCCGCUGAUGAGUUUGUAUAAUACCCACAGCCACAGUUACACAAUGUGGCAGGCAUAGCCCUUCCGUUCCGAAAGAAGGAAAGAGAAAAAUAUAUGAUACAUGAUACUCUGUAUGUUUUCAUUCUUCACAAUCAUUAAAGAUAUAAAUAACACUACUUUUUUAGAGAAAAGGAAUUUAUCUGUUGACAGGAAUAUAUAUUGCUGGGCAUGGUGGCUCAUGCCUGUAAUCUUAAGACUUUGGGAAGCCAAGGCAGGAGGAUCUCUUGAGGCCAGGAGUUCAAGACCAGUGUGAGCAACACAGCAAGACCCCUCUCUACAAAAUAUGAAAAGAUUAGCUGGACAUGGGGGUGCGUGUCUUUAGUUCUAGGUACUCAGGAGGUUGAGGUGGGAGGAUUGCCUGAGCCCAGGAGUUCGAGGCUUCAGUGAACUAUGAUCACACCACUGCACUCCAGCCUUGGCAAAGGAGCAAGGUCCUAUCUCUUAAAAAAAUAAUAAAUAAAAUAAUAAUAAUAAUAAAUAAUAGAGAAAGGGAAGAGAGUUGAGAUUCCAGAACAGUCUUUCUGACUCCAAACUCCAAUUUAUUUUUAUUCUACACCACUUUUUCAUAAAAGUACAGAACAAAUUGUUUGAUGUUUUUCUUAUUGUUCAUUAUUACUUUUUAAAAGGUCAAUUCUGACAUUUGAUUUACAUUUCCUGACAAACUACAUAUCAUUUUCCUCCCUCCCUUCCGUCUUUCCUUCCUUUUAUUCUUCCAUUUAUAAUGCAACAGAUGAUAGUUUGUCAUGGUGUCCUGUAGGUCGUGUAUUUUACUUUACAAUGCCAGAUAAAAUUAUCAGCAGCCACUUGUGGAAAGCUUCUCCGGAAAAUAUUGCUUCAACCAUACUUAUUUGUUUCUUAAAAUGCUAUUUUUGCUGAUCUCCGCUUAAACAACAGAAACACAGAUGGCUACAGUUACUGGAUUUGCUGUCAGUUUUUAUGCCCCUUUUCUCAUACACACUUUUGGCGAUCAAGUUUACUUUCAAAAACAUAUGCUAAGAAUAGUAACAAAUUUUUCAGACUUGAAGUUGUCUAGGAAAAAAGUAUGCUCCACUUUAAGAAAGAGUCUACAAAUUCAACAAAGCAGAUUCAUCUCCUAGAAACCCGUUCUCCGAGCAGGCCGUUUUCAUCUCUACCCAAUAAACACCAGAUUCCUCAGCUUGGCAGUCAAGAACCUUGACCAUAUCUAGUCUCAGAUGAUUCUUUGUACUUUUUCUCCUGAUUCCAAGCUACUGUACUCUAUUUUCCAGCAAAAUGGGUCUGUUUAUUUCCCCCAUGUCCACGCUUACCUGUUUUGCUCAUUGCUGUUUCUUUUGCCUGGGGAGAUUUCCUUUUCUCUAAGCAUUCCAUUUCUCCCAGCUCAAAGGCCACCUCCUCCAGAAAGCGUUCCUGGGUUAUAUUUGCUUUCACACUACUAGACAUAAUUGGUCUUUAUUUGUCCCUUCUUUAGGACACAUAUGCUACAUCUUUUGCUUUAAUUACGUCUGCCCCAAUUUAGAGAACCAUUAGAAGCUAUUAAUAAAACAAUGAAUGUGCCAGAACAGUUGAAAGAAGGUAUUUAACAGUAAUUCCUGCUAAUGGUAUAAUGAGACAUGAUUGCAGACAGUGGCCUGCAAACAUUUUUUAAAAUUCGCCUACCAGCUGGGCGUAGUAACUCAUACCCGUAAUCCCAACUCUUUGGUAGGCCAAGGCAGGCAGAUCACAAAGUCAGGAGUUCGAGACCAGCCUGGCCAACAUAGUGAAACUCCGUCUCUGAUAAAAAUACAGAAUAAUUAUUCAGGAGUGGUGGCCGGUGCCUGCAAUCCUGCUGAGGCAGGAGAAUCACUUGAACCCAGGAGGCGGAGGUUGCAGUGAGCCGAGAUUGUGCCAUUGCACUCCAACCAGGCAACCGUGCAAGACUGUCUUAAAAAUAAAAAAUAAAAAAAAGUUGCCUACCAUAGUGUUUGAAAGAAAAACAAUUCAAUUGGAAUGCUUGUAUAUUGGCACACACAUUCUACCCCACCAGUUUCCCUGGUCCCCAUUGCCCUUAUACUGGCACUUCACAUAUUUACAUUCCUUGACUGACCCUGGGUGGCACUUGAGUUUACAAGCUCCAUGUAGAGGUUACAUUAAUCGUUUGAUACACUAGGUCCAAAUCAUGGCUCUGUGUUACUUUCUAGCUAGCUGUCUCAAGUUAAGAGCAAGACUGUUGGCCGGGCGCGGUGGCUCAAGCCCGUAAUCCCAGCACUUUGCGAGGCCGAGGCGGGUGGAUCACGAGGUCGGCAGAUCGAGACCAUCCUGGUCAACAUGGUGAAACCCCGUCUCUACUAAAAAUACAAAAAAUUAGCUGGGAAUGGUGGUGCGUGCCUGUAAUCCCGGCUACUCACGAGGCUGAGGCAGGAGAAUUGCCUGAACCCAGGAGGCGGAGGUUGCGGUGAGCCGAGAUCGCGCCAUUGCACUCCAGCGUGGGUAACAAAAGCGAAACUCCAUCUCAAAAAAUAAAAAUAAAUAAAUAAAGAGCAAGACUUCUAAUGAUAUCUGUGAAUGGUGCUUUGUAUUAGAGGUGGCCUUAUGCAAAUAAACAGGUGCAGUUGACCCUUGAAACAUGUGAAGUUUAGGAGUGGCAAUCACCUGCACAGUCAAAAAUCCACCUAUAAAUUGGGUGCAGUGGUUCCCUCCUGUAAUUCCAGCACUUUGGGAGGCUGAGGUAGGUGGAUCCACCUGAGGUUAGGAAUUCAAGACCAGCCUGGCCAACAUGGUGAAAUCCCGUCUCUACUACAAAUAAAAAAAUUAGCCAGGUGUGGUGGUGGGAGCCUGUAAUCCCAGCUUCUUGGGAGGCUAAGGCAGGAGAAUGGCUUGAAUUCAGGAGGCAGAGGUUUCAGUGAGCCAAGAUCGCACCACUGCCCUCUAGUCUGGGCAACAAGAGAGUAAAACUACGUCUAAAAAAGAAAGAAAGAAAGAAAAGAAAAGAAAGAAAGAAAAGAAAAUCCACCUGUAACCUCUGACUCCCAAAAAACUUAAUAGUCUUCUGUUGACCUUACCAAUAACACGGUUGACUAACAUAUAUUUUGUAUGUUAUAUGUAUUAUAUUCUGCAUUCUCACAGAAGAAAAGAAAACAUUAAGAAAAAUUAUUAAAAAGAGAACAUUAUUUAUUAAGUAGAAAUAGAUCUUCAUAAGGGUCUUCACCCUCAUUGUCUGCCCAUUAAGUAUUCUGAGGAGGAGGAAGAGAAGGAGUUGCUCUUGCAGUCUCAGAGGUGGCAGCGCCAGAAAAAAAUCUGAGAAUAAGUGGAUCCAUGCAGCUCAAUCCUGUAUUGUUCAAGACUCGACUGUAUAUUUUUCAUACGGGCUCAAACACAUACACACAUAUGGCCAUGAGUCAAAGAUUCAUAGAAUGAAUUAGACAACAAGGAUAUUUAUUACUGAAUUGAAAUGGCUGACUGCAAAACUGCCCUCAACUUAUCUCUAGGCCUUAGAAACAGAAGUGACCCUUUGCUGCUAUGACUCAAUAGCCUGGCCUAGAUUGGGGUUGGGUUGGCAGAGGUAUGUAGUCUUCGCUUCAGUGAAGUAUUCCUGCUCAAGCAGUCAUCACUAGUAGUCACGUUGCUCAGACAGGGCCUCCCAGCUCUCCCCACCACUGUUUGCUGGAUUUAUACCGCCGGUAGAUCAGAGCUGGCAAAAGGGAUAAAUCAGGAUGAAACAUUUGGGCACUUUGCAGUUUAGAGGAACUUUGGGGGUGCUGCUUUAGUAAAAAACGGAAGACUUGCAUUUAUUAAAGGUUAGUAAGAAGUGAAAUCAUGUUUGCAAAAGUACAUUAUAAAUUAGAAAAUACAAUAAAGGCAGAAACUAUUUAUUUAUUGGUUGUUCUGCACUUUACCUAAGUGGUUUUUGAUCAUUUCACAAUGUGUAGGGUUGAGUUUUACCUUCAUUUUAUGGAUGUGGAAAUAGGACUUGGAUGUUAGGUAACUUGCCUAAAUCUCUCAGGUGUUCCUGAGGUUCCGGGUCUGUCUGACCUCAGGCCUAUACUCUUUGUAUGAGUUCAUGCUGACUCCCAGAUGACAUGCUAGGCACGUAAAUUAGAUAUUACACCAAUUUCCACUAUAGUUAGCAUUCUAUCUAAAUAUAAAGUGAGACCACAGUCUUAGGUGAAUGUGGCUAUUGAGAGCAGCAAUAAUCUAGAAUGGCUACUCUGAUCUAUGUCGAUAAGGAUGGAGACCCAGGCACUGGUGUGGCUGCUAAGGACGGGCUAAAGCGACCUUCAAUCAAAGCCUUAGAUGGGAGAUCUCAAGUUUUAACACCAUGUUUUGGCAAAACAUUCGAUGCUCCACCAGCCUUACCUAAAGCCACCAGAAAGGCUUUGGGAACUGUCAAAAGAACAACAGAAAAAUCAGUAAAGACCAGUGGACCCAGCACACAAAAACAGCCAAGGUUUUCUGCCCAAAAGAUGACCAAGAAGACUGUUAAAGCAAAAAGCUCUGUUCCUGACUCAGAUGAUGCCUGUUUUGAAAUAGAAAAAUUCUUUCUCUUCAAUCCUCUAGACGUUGAGAGUUCUGACCUGCCUGAAGAGCACCAGAUUGCACACCUCCCCUAGAGUGGAGUGCCUCUCAUGAUUCUUGGUGAGGAGAGAGAGCUUGAAAGCCUGGUUCCUGGGCCCCCAUCACUGGUGAACAUGCCCUUUCCACCAUGGGAAUCCCAUCUUGCGGUCUCCUUCAAGCAUUCUGUUGACCCUGGAUGUUGAAUUGCCAGCUGUUUGCUAUAACAUAUUUAAAUGUCUUAGUGCUUUAGAGUUUGUGUGUAAUUGUAUUAACAAAGAAAUCUUUGUUUAACAACAAAAUAAAUGAAUAAAUAUAAAGUGGGUCAUAUUCCCCUUUAUAUGCAUCUGUCUUAGCUGUUCCUUACUUCUAUAUUCCUUCCAUGCUAAGGCCCCUACUCUUUGGGGAUAUGUCGACAUGAUUUACUUCUGUAGAGAAACAGGAGACCGGAUAUAGCAAAGGAUAAAGGAGAAGAGUCCAGGGUCAGGUCAAGAACUUCCUACAUCUUUUCUUCCCAGCCAAGUGUGAGCCAGAUGAAAGCCUUAAGGAGGGCCUAGCAGCAAAGGGAGAUAAGUAAAGAAGAAUGGGAAUUUUGUAGAAUGCUAAAAAAAAAAAUAGGGAACAUAUUUGCAGCUAGGACUAACAUGGAUUAUCUUGAUUAUCUUCAAAUAUCUAUAUGGCUAAGUAAUAUUCAUGAAAUCCCAUGUCUUAUGCUUCUCAUGUCUUAUAGCUUAAGCACUUUUAUGUCCAUGCCUUGAAUUCUGUACAAAGCUUUGAUAGAGUCACAGAUGACUGGUGUCGAUCCAGAUCUCCUGAGAGGCUUCAGGGGUUCCUCUGUGGUCCCUGAAUUCUAGGACGUAGUGAGCUUCCUAGACCAGCAGCUGCUAUUCAUUACACGUAUUAGUGGUUUUGCUCUUGCUAUGGAAAGUGGGUGGCAGUUAUGUCUCUGAAUAUGUUAUUCCACAAAAAGCCAACUGGAUAUGGCUAUUUAAGAAUCAUCAAAGCCCAUGACAGGCCAAAGUUUCUAAAUCCCUCCUCAAUCAAAGGAUGCCCUCAGAACUGGCCAACAGAAAAGAUGCAAGGUCUCACUCCUAGGCUGUCCUACUGUUCCUUAGAGAAGAGUUACGAUUUUGUGAUCUGUUGCACUCCAUUUUGUUUUUUGCUUUGAUGCUAUUUUAAAACUGGAGGUUGGUUAAGUUUAAAAUUUCAAGACAAAGCAUAAAAUAUUUGAGAAGUUACUUGUACAUUUCCUGUCUCCCCCACUAAACUGUGAGCCCCAUGAGGGCAGGGCCCAUCUCGUGUUGUUCAUUAUGGUGUCCAAGUACUUCCCCUUUCCCUGGAGCUGUUGCUAUGGUGGGCUGCUCUAAGUAAUCUUUGUCUUGGGUCAGUAGCCACUCAGGUCAAGGAUGAACUUCCAUUAGGUGUGGGCAUAAGUUCCUACUCAGCCAUUGUCCUCUUCACUGGAAGAACUAAAUUUUGUCUGUUAAAGAGGACAUCAUAUUGUGCAAAUGGUAGGACCUCAUUCCCUGUAAGAUUUAUAUCUCUGCAUUUUGAACUCAAUCACCAUAGGCGUAUUCCAUGGCAAGACAGGAAGUAUUACUGGAGUCAGACUCCCUGGGUCCUAACCCCGCUUCCUCUAUUUAAUGGCUACGCAACCUUGGGCAAGUUGGUAACGUCACAAAUUUUACCUCGUAAAGCUGUUGAUAGAGACACUAAACAUGUUUAAAUUUCUAAAUGUUUAGUGCUACAUGUAUGUACAGUUAUUAGCAUAGCAAGCAUCUAAAUGAUAUCAGAGUAGAAACUCAAUAAAUAUUUGUUGGAUGAAUAACCUCUCAAACUUCAGUUUCAUCAGCUGUAAAUACACAGGUUUAGCUAUAUGAUAUUUUUUCAGUUCUAAUAUCCUGUGGACUUACAUUAGUAAUUAUAAUUUUUUAUCCUUAGUAAUUUUUUCAGGAUUACUAUGAGGAUAAGUAGUCAAAUUCUAAACUGAAAUAACUCAAGUGAAUUGAAUAAAAACUUGGAUUAAAAAAAGAAAGUGUUUUAGAAAUCACCAUUUAAGUCCAAUGAUGAGAUGAUAGUCUUUGAUUUAAAGUGUGUCUGUGGUCAGCCCAGGGAAAUAGUGUACAGCUUCUCUAGAGCACUUUAAAAUCUUCGUUACAGUCAGUUUAAGUAUUUCCUUGGCAAUAAACAUCAACUCUUUUUCUGACACCUCUUUGCAUAUGAUGGCCUUGGCAUGAGACAUGAAACCAUUAAGAAAAUACAAGCCAGAUCCUCUGCUAUGGUCCAAUAAUAAAAUAAAUAAUAAAAAAUUAUUUAGUUGAAGCUGUGCAUAUUUAUUAGCUUAUAAUCAAUUUUAAACUGACUCACUAAAAGUACUGUAUGAGGCCAUUCUUGUAUUGCUAUAAAGAAAAACCGAAGACUGGAUAAUUUAUAAAGAAAAGAGGUUUAAUUGGCUCACAGUUCUGCAGACUGUACAGGAAGCGUAACACUGGCAUCUGCUGGGCUUCUGGGGAGACCUCACAAAGCUUCUAGUCAUGGUGGAAGGCCAAGGAGGAGCAGGCACCUUACAUGGCAGAACAGGAGCAAGAAAGAGUUGAGAUGGGGGCGGGAACAGGUGCAUUGGCCCAUGCCUGUAAUCCCAGCACUUUGAGAUGUCCAGGCUGGUGGAUCCCUUGAGGCCAGGAGUUCAAGACCAGACUGGCCAACAUGGUAAAACCCUGUCUCUACUAAAAAUACAAAAAUUAGCCAGGCAUGGUGGCGCACGCCUGUAAUCCCAGCUACUCAUUGAGUAGCCUGUGCCAGAAGAAUCACUUGAGCCUGAGAGAUAGAGGUUGCAGUGAGCAAGAUCAUGCCACUGCACUCCAGCCUGGGUGACAGAAUGAGAUUCCGUGUCAAAAAAAUACCCAUCUAUGGCCGGGUGCGGUGGCUCACACCUGUAAUCCCAGCACUUUGGGAGGCCGAGGCGGGUGGAUCAUGAGGUCAAGAGAUCGAGACCAUCCUGGUUAACAAGGUGAAACCCCGUCUCUACUAAAAAUACAAAAAUUAGCUGGGCAUGGUGGUGCGCACCUGUAGUCCCAGCUACUCGGGAGGCAGAGGCAGGAGAAUUGCUUGAACCCAGGAGGCAGAGGUUGCGGUGAGCCGAGAUCGUGCCAUUGCACUCCAGCCUGGGUAACAACAGCAAAACUCUGUCUCAAAAAAAAAAAAAAAAAAAAAUACCCAUCUAUGUACCUGUGUACAAAAUAUCUGAAACAGCUGCUAAGACUGUGUAGUAACCACAUGGAUAUCUGUCAUAUUAUGCUAUAAAUGUUUUGGAAAGAAUAAUUUUUAAGAUCCUAAGAAACAAGAAUACUGUAAUGAAAAAUCCAAUAUCAGACUCUACUCUCUUGCAGAUUAGAAAUAUUAUCUCUGCUCUUUCCCCACUAAUGGCUCAUUUGUACUUGCCUUUUGGGUACCAGCUUAAAGCACCAGGCUGACUAUAGGGUCCCUGAUGUUGGUUAGGGCCUCCUCUGUCAGCUUUCCUAACACCCUCUCUAUUCCUUCUCACUGCACUUAUCACCCAGUUGUGCUGUUUCCUGUUUACUUGCUGUAUGGGCCUGCUGUACCAUUACACGUCCCUCUAGGGGCAGGUGGCUUGCUUACUGUAGCAUUCCUAAGGACUGGUAGGGGAUAUUGAGUAGGUGAAUGAAUUACUGCAAUGGCUACUGCAAUGGCUUAAGUUCAGUGCUCUGCACACACAUGGGCCAGGGCUGGAUAUGUGAAAUUACCACUUGAUGAAAUUAGUUAAAGGAGCAUUUAUUGGCACAGAGAGGCUGUGUGCCCCUUUCUUGGAGUCCCCUAGGCUUCAGUGCAUGCCCCACAGUCUCGCAGUUGGAAAGGAGGGUUGGGGUGCUGUGCUUCAUGUAAGGUGAUUCUAAACCUUGUGCUAGACCCACUGACACAUCCAACUGGAGACUCAGGUUCCCAUUAGGCUGUGGCCAGAGCCAAGUCCCCUGCCACUGAAUUUCCUAGUUACUGAGAGGUGAGGGUUUUCCUGUCCACUAGCCAGACCAGUUUUUCACAGAGAGGACCAAUGUGCCUGACUUCCCCAGACGUGGCUGAGAAGCUCCUGCUUUGUCCUGGGUUCAGGUGGAGUUUGGCGUGCUGGCUCCAGCAUAGGCUGAAUGGGGACAAGGGGCAGGGGGCUGCUUACUGCAGGUCUCACCUUCUUAUUGGCCCCUGGCCUGGCUGUACUGUUGAGAAGGUCCCUGCUGCCUCAGACUCCACAAGAAUUUGCUUCCUUUCUCUCUUCCUUCCUACCUCAUUCAUUCAUUUGUUCUUUAGGAUCUGCUGCCAUUUCAAGUCCAUUUGUAUCUCAUCUAGCUAGCAUCAGCUCCCAGCCUCAUGAAAAAGGCCAAGCUCAGCUGGGUGUGGUGGCUCAGGCCUGUAAUCCCAGCACUUUGGGAGGCCGAGGUGGGCCUGAGUUUGGGAGUUUGUGACCAGCCUGACCAACAUGGAGAAAUCCUGUCUUUGCUAAACAUACAAAAUUAGCCAGGUGUGGUGGUGCGUGCCUGUAAUCCCAGCUACUUGGGAGGCUGAGGCAGGAGAAUUGGUUGAACCUGGGAGGCGGAGUUUGUGGUGAGCUGAGAUCACGCCAUUGCACUCCAGACUGGGCAAGAAGAGCAAAACUCCGUCUCAAAAAAAAAAAAAGGCAGAAAAGAAAAAGGCCAAGCUGUUUCCCUGGCAGAGCCUGCUGUUGGCAGGAAACUGCCAGAGCCUGGUGGCUGUCUAGAGAACCUUUCUUGGCCAUGCCAGCUCCCUGAAAUCUUAGAGCAUGAAGCCCUGUAUUUGUAGCAGUUAGCACCUGCUUGGAGGAAUGCUGACAGGUGGCCUAUGCAGCCACUGCUCCACUGUGUCUAGGUAAAGUGUUGGGUGAAUUAUUUUACUUUCCUGAACCUCAGUUUUCUCAUCUGCAAAACAGCAUAAAUAAUACCUUGCAGUAGGGUUUUAAGAUAAUUAGGGGCUGUGAAGUAAAGUGGUUAAGUUGCAGAGUGCCUGGGCCUGAUCCUGGUUUUCUCCUU